AGAGGCGACGGCGCACGAGGUCGGCUGGCAGCCCUCGGUGCCUGGGCUGCCGCGCGUGGGUUGUGAGGCCCGCUGCCCGUUCAUGGAGGGGACGUGGGGCGGGUGUGGGGCCUUCCUUCAGCCGCCGGCCGUUGGCGAGCUGAGGCGAAUGUUCUCCCUCCCGCCCGCGUCCCAAGAGGCGGCCGUUGGCCAGAGCGCGCGCUGACCGACCGCGUGACGGCCUGUCCAGGGGGCAGUGGUGGCCCGGUCGCUAGGCAACCGCGAAGCGGUCACUGCCGGGGUCCGGAGAGCGGCCGUUGGACGGAGGGCCCCUUCCCGACCAUGGAGGCGAUGAAGACCACGGCCGUGUUUCACAGCGUGGACCCCUCGCUUAGGGCCUAUUUCAAGAAACACUCCAUACCCGACAUCUAUGAGGUAAAGGGCCGUUGGGUCACAGUGGCGGUGAACACGGGUGUGCGUGUGAAUGGGGGUUUCCGAGGGGGACUGGCCCUCUGCCUCCUGCUCUGCUCUGAAUUACUCACCUCUGGUCCCGUUAGACGCUAGUGAUACUCCCUGCCUCAUCCCGUCUCUCUAAUCGACCUGAGUUUCGGUGCACACGUCGUCCAGGGACCCAGGGGUAACUUAAGAAGAACAAAGCUGGAACGAGAGAAGACGAACGAACCCAUAUCAUAAAAAUGCUUUCGUUGCAGAAAACUGGCAAGAUAUAGAAUAUAUAGAGAAUUUAGUUUCGGGCAAGCACUGCAGUUUAGGAGAUCUUCAUUUCUCUUUUCACUAGGGUGUUGCGGGGUGGCAUCACUUAAACUGUAAUCACGAGGGUAGAAAAGCUAACUCCAUCUAUACUAAAUCCUCUUUUAGGUCACAAAAUCUGUCUGCCUGCCUGCUUGUUUAUUACAGUGUGCGCACACACACACACACACACACACACACACACACCCCUCUCACAAAGCUUCAGGUUGCAUCAUAAAGAUACAUCUAAAAGCAAUAUAAAACCAUCAUUAAAAUAUUACUAUCAAAAGCUUUCAAGAUAAGGGCUAGAACCCCAAACAUAUUUAUUAUAGAGUAAGGCCCUUUGGGGCUUAGUUUUGGAUCAGCAUCCAUAGGAUUACAGGCAAAAUGAGCUGUCUUUCGAAAACCCGUUCAGUAUAGUGUUUGCCUAAAGGAUAGACCCAUGAAAAAGUAGUCCCAUUGAAAUCCACAGAUUUAUCUAGGGUGGAUAUCACCCUAUGAUAUUAAGCCUGCAAUCCUAACACCACUUAUCUGGGACUAAGCCCCAUUUAAUUCAGUAGGAAUUACUUCUGAGUAGACAUUAUUAGAACUGUGCUGUAAGUUAGGUUUUAGAAAAGUGCUUAUUCUCUGGCUUAAACUUUUCUAGGAAGCUCUUUCCUUAGUUCUUCUGUAAGUGUUCCUCAACUGCCUUUCCAUAAUGCUUCAACCAUAUCAUGUCAUACUAAUGCCUGGAGAAAAUGUAAUCUCAAGGGGAGAUAGGGAAUUAUGAUAGACACUUGUCAAUAAUUGCCUUGCAUUUUGAUUAUGCUUCCUUGGAGCAUUGAAGUUUGGGAGCAUUUUAUGUGCAUCUGCCCCCACAAAAGGGGUGUUUUGGGUAGAUUUCAGAUAUUCAUGUUGAAAUAAGAUUCAGGUUAGACUAGAAGAAGUUCUUCAAUUUCUGAAUUCCUUAGUAGUAAGCCUUUUAUUUUAUUAUACAAAGGGUAUCAGUUCAUAUUCUGCCAAACAGUAGAAACUUUUCCUGGACAAUUCUGAAAGAUGUUCUCUAAGGUGUUAAGAGUAAUAUUGGGCACUAAUUUGGACUACCAAGUCAAAUACCAAUGAAUUGUUGGGAAGAUAGUAUUUGUACAUGUGAUACAAGUAGGGAUUUUUGUUAUCACACCAUGGACACGGUAGUGCUGGCCAAUAAAGUGGCAUAUAUAGGCAGAAUCUGGGAAGACUAAAAUAAUUAAUUUAAUGCAAAUGAAAUUUGAAAUUCAAGUAAUAUGACUUGGGGCCAAAACAGGAAGAUGUUAAUGUUAAAUUCUGCUUUUAAAUUGGAAAAACAAUGUAUUUUUAAUCCCUCAGAAAAAAACAGCUUUCUGUUUAAUUACUCUCUUGAAAAGCCUCUUCAGUGUUAAAAUCGGAAUACCAAGUGUGUGAGCAGCCAUAUAUUCUUAUGAAAAUAUAAGAAUACAGCACAAACCCAAGUGGGGUAAUCUUAUUUGAUACCCAGUUAACAUCUAUUUGGGAUUGGGUUCACGUGACGAGGGGUAGCCAGGGAGAGAAUAGAGAGUGCAGUUUAAUAUAUAGGCAGUAGGUGGCAGUUACAGACUUAGAGUACUACAUUGUCAAACAUGAGCUUAAAGAUGAUGAGAUAGGGAACUGGAAAGUAUAACUAAAGAAUUAUGUGCUCUGAUUGAAUAAGAGUUGCUCUCUUCCAAAGGUUGAUAGGUGGAUCUGUUAUUUUGUCAGAAUGGAAGUUUAGAGCUGAGUUGUAAGCUUGCUGCGUGUCUCCCCAAAGGUUGACUAAGAUGUGGAGUGCAUAACACAGACACAAUGCUCUCAACUCACCUUUCAGUUUUUGACCACAGUUAGUUGAGCACUUGACUGAGUUUUAGUUACGAGCUUGAUGUUGCGCCUGUGGCAACGGGUAAAGAUCAGGGAUGGGGGCUUUCCCCAGCAUUCCCUCACAGGCAACUUUCCAGCCAGUAGUAGGUGAGGCCAUGUGGAUUUGGCCAGAGACAAAAGCAGGUAGCUCAAUGGAUGUGACUCUUACCUUUGGACAGAAGGCUACAUUCCAGUCACACAUCACAAGUUUCUACCCACACAACACUCCAUAGUUGAUGCAGACAAGCAAGAGGCAUUAUCACAUUUCAAGGACACAUUCCAAACAGGCAAAAGCAUUUGAGGCUGAUGCAGAGCAGAGCUGGUGGGAGAUGUGACUGGGGAAGGAACAAAAAGCUGGAUAGCGGGGCCUGGAGCGCUGCAUUUGGCCUCUCUCCAAGAAGAGAGCUUCCUAACAUUUAAAAUCUCACCACUACUGUAGCUACUCUCCUUUUACAAGCUUGUGAUUUUGCACUGGAUUCCUCAUACUGGCUCUAAAUUAAAAAAAAAUAGUGUAACAUUUCAUGAAAUGAAAAAUAUAUCUUUGGUAACUGAAAUGUUCAGUUUGUGAGAAAGGGUAUAUGUUGGUUUUUUGAAAUAUGCUUUUUGUAACUGGUUUAAAAUAAAAAUAAAAGAAGAAUUUCCAGAAUGUUUAGAUCCAGGUUUUGGGACAAAUACUCCUGGUGAAAGAGCCCCAGUAGAGAUUUAUAAUUACAAAACUUACAGCAAAAUAAAGCAUAGAAAUAUAGGCUGCUAGACCUUUUAACUCAGCCAGAUAUAAAGCCAGGUAUUAUUAUUAUUAAUAUUAUUAUUAUUAUUCCCCCUUCUAAUUUUCUUUCCCUUAGCUGUCAAAGAGACUACAGGUUUGGUAAAUUAAAAAUUGGUUUACUUACAAACUCUUUAAAGGUCAAAUUUAUGUGCUUUUCCAAAGAGCAGCAAGGAAACACAUGGUACAAUUUAGUUUCAAAAUUGCUAAGUGUUUCUAAAUUAUUUGAUAGAAACACAAAUAUGGCUUGCUUAAGUCAUGUGGUCUGGGCUUCAAGUGAUCAGCCCAGGGGCCCUUUCUGGUUGGAUUCACAUGGUGGAAGAGAAUGAACAAAGGUUUUGCUAACCUUUUCUGUCAAGAUGUGGGGGUGGGACCUAGCUAAGCCUGGGAGGAUUGUUUACUCCAUGGCCUCAACCGUUAACUAGAGCUAAGCAUGCUGGUUAUUUGAGGCUGGUUAUUUGAGGCUGAUAUUGAUUCCACAAAAAAGACAUGUCCAGUAAAAAUCAAUUAUGAUUAAAGAACACAAUUUACAGACUAGCUUUUAUAAAUCAAUGAAGCAGGCAUCUGAGGAUCAUGGAGCUGCAUGUUAGUUGAAAUCAUAGUGUAACUGGUUUAGUUUGUAUGAUAGCUUUGAUGAGAGGAGCUGGAUGAGGGAACUACAGUGGUACCUCAGGUUACAUAUGCUUCAGGUUACAUACGCUUCAGGUUACACAGUCCGCUAACCUAGAAAUAGUACUUCAGGUUAAGAACUUUGCUUCAGGAUAAGAACAGAAAUCGGGCUCCGGCGGCGGCGGCGGCAGGAGGCCCCAUUAGCUAAAGUGGUGCUUCAGGUUAAGAACAGUUUCAGGUUAAGUACGGACCUCUGGAACAAAUUAAGUACUUAACUCGAGGUACCAUUGUAUUCUGAAGACAGCAGCUGUAAAAUAAAGACAUUUUCAUUUGUUUACCAAAAUGAAAUGACUUGGAAAAAUAUUGUCUAUUCAAUUUAAAUAGGGACAAAAUAUUUUUAUAUCAUUUUACUUUUAUUUUAUUUUAUUUGUACCCCACCAAUCUGGUUGGGUUGCCCCAGCCACUCAUAAUGCUUUCAGAAGAAUGUAUAAAGGUAAUAAUAUUUAAAAGUUUGUCUUAUACUUUUAUACAAGUAUAUUUGUUAUAUUUAUUACAAUUCCAAAUGUGGAUUUUUCAUUGCAGGCCCUGUUGUGUGGUCUGCUAGCUAUGCGUCCAGAUGAUCCACUCAGGUUUUUAGAAGAAAAGCUCAAAGAAGUAAUGGAAAAAGGUCUAUAUAGUAUUUUAUGGUAUGUAUGAUAUUUUGUCUGUGUAGACUAUAAAUAGUGUGGCAAGCUGUAGAAUACAGUGGUGCCUCGCAAGACGAAAUUAAUCCGUUCUGCGAGUCUCUUCGUCUUGCGGUUUUUUCGUCUUGCGAAGCAUGGCUAUUAGCGGCUUAGCGGCUAUUAAUGGCUAUUAACGGCUUAGCGGCUAUUAACGGCUUAGCGGCUUUAAGAAAAAGGAAACAAACUCGCAAGAACUCGCAAGACGUUUCGUCUUGCGAAGCAAGCCCAUAGGGAAAUUCGUCUUGCGGAACGACUCAAAAAACGCAAAACCCUUUCGUCUAGCGAGUUUUUCGUCUUGCGAGGCAUUCGUCUUGCGGGGCACCACUGUACUGAAAUAUGGGGAAAUGUUAUUUAGGGUUCAAUCCUGAAGUGAGUGGGAAUACAAAAAAGUUCUACAGCUUUAUCCUACUCUACUGCAGAGAUGAAGUGAAGGCAGAGGAAUGCUUUUCUGUUCUUUCUGUUUUGUGUUAAUAUUUUUCUUACAUUUUUCACUCUAACUGUCCUUGAGUUUGGGGUCGGAGGAACCCAGGAAAAGUAGUUCUGGUUAACUUCAGCAUCCAUGGUGAGACCACCUCUAGUUCUACUUCAAAUCUCAUUACUUCCAUGGCAACCAUAAGACAGUUUCAAGUUGCCAGUGCUCCCAACAUACAAGACAGAGCAUAUGUCAUUGUUCUGUAUGGUGAGAUGGUUGUCUGAAUGUAAGGGGCAUCUCUGUGACCAUCAUUGUCAUGAUCAGGUCACUUCUAGGUGAGGUUUAAAAUUUUGGCAUCUACUUCCCCCUGCAGUACUAGUACCGUGAAGUGCUCUUGACCCACUGGUUUAAGCAUAAUUUCCAUGUAGAUGGGACCUUGUUGGAAGGCCCCUCCAGGGACAUGUUUUAUUUCUGAAUUUUCUGCUUAGAAAUGCAAAUUAAGUAGUAUAUAGAUGUCUUAAAAUAGUAACUAAAAUAAAUGUAUACUUUGAGUCUUUACGUUGGCAGCCCAUGUGUUAAAGUUUGAGAUAAGAUGAAAGAAACCAGAUAGGGGAAAUAGCAAUGACGAACUGUAGUUCAAUUUCUGAAUUGUUUCAGUUUUUAAUUGGUUUUGUGCCAAGCAACAAAAGCGAUAAUUUAAAAGUUAUUUCUGCAAGUUAUUCUUGGAGAGUGCUUGAAUGUGUUUCAGAAUUGUUCAGAAAUGAGCAAUAUUUGGAACGUUUCUGUCCAAUUUGCCUCAUUCCUCUGCCCCCUGGCAAGGAUAUGCAGACAGAGGCUUUACAUUUUAUCUAUACGAAAAACUUUUUUCAACAUUACCAUAGAAGAAUUAGAAUUGUCAAAAUAAUGGACUGUUUAAAAUAUAUCAGCAGUAAAGUUGGAUUUUUGAAAAACACUGUUUCCCAUGGUGUAGUAACAUUUAUUGUUUUUAUUUCAUUCCAUAAAUAUUUAACAGUGGCUGCAUUCAUGUGUAAUGAUAUUCCAGACUUUCUGGCUUAUUGCAGUUUAUUAGGAAUAAGCAGUGUGCUGGUGAAUGCUGCCUAUUCGUUGCUCCUCUGGCAAGAGUCCAAGCAAACAAACCAGGAAGCAUCAUUAUUUGUUGCUCCAGGGCUUCAGGCUGGUUAGGAUGUAACAGAGGACCAAAGCUUUUAGGUUUGUCUAUCCCACUCACACCAAGGGACGCGGGUGGCGCUGUGGGUUAAACCACAGGGCCUAGGACUUGCCGAUCAGAAGGUCGGCGGUUCAAAUCCCCAUGACGGGGUGAGCUCCCGUUGUCCGGUCCCUGCUCCUGCCAACCUAGCAGUUCGAAAACACGUCAAAGUGCAAGUAGAUAAAUAGGUAUCUACUUCCAGCGGGAAGGUAAACGGCGUUUCCGUGCGCUGCUCUGGUUCUCCAGAAGUGGCUUAGUCAUGCUGGCCACAUGACCCGGAAGCUGUCUGCAGACAAACGCCAGCUCCCUCGGCCAAUAAAGCGAGAUGAGCAAUCCCAGAGUCGGUCAUGACUGGACCUAAUGGUCAGGGGUCCCUUUACCUUUACCUUUUAUCCCACUCACACCAAGGGUGGUAUGCACCAGCAUGCUGUUUAUUCCUGGUAAACAGCAAAAGUUUGGCCUAUAAUUACAUACAAAUGUGGCCAGUGUCUCUGAACACAACAUUAAAUGUUAGUUACCUCAAAAAUUGUUUUGGGCACUUCCAAACACACACUUUCAGGUUAGGAUUCAGUCACAUACUAGCAGAAUCAGGUUGCACAAAAUUGAUUGGGUUCAUUUGCACAACAAAUCUGCUUCCCCUUUCCCCCCAUUCAAACCAUUAACAAGGAAAAUGACAUGGGGAAAUGCACUGGAAAGUGUGGGAUAACAUCAUCUAAUUGCAAAUAAAUCAAAAUGAAUGCUCAAUAAAUAGCUAACAUCAUCUAGUCUCCCUGCAAACAAAUCAGAAUGAAUGCUCAAUAAACAGAUCAUCUGGAAAUCACCUUUAAAACUAUGGUUCACUAAUAUAAUUUAAUAGUGGUGCUAUUAGUGUUAACGGAAAAUGGAAGCUGUUAUGUAAUCAUGUGAUGCAUACAAAAACUAAUAUUAUUAUAUCCCCCGCCAGGGACACAUGUAUCGAUCCAGACCUAAGUCUAAGACUGAAAGCGAUUUCAGAUACAUAUUUACAUACCCUUUUGGGACUGGAUGAUGAUCAACUGGUAAGUAUUACUAAACCUUUUUGGCUUACUCUGAGUGGAGUAAGAACAGUUGCUAUCCUCAAAUGUAUUUUACAAAGAAUUAUACUUUUUUUGGAUUCAUACUCUGCUUUGUCUGAAAGUAUUGAGAAAAAAAAAUCCCUACUCCCAAAGACCUCAUAAUAUAAAGCAGCAGUCCUUAGCACAGUUACUCUGUACCCAUUAAACUCAGAGGGACAUCUGGAUAAACAUGAUUAAGAUUGUGCUGCCAGAAAACAUGGCAUAAGGAAAUAAUUUAAUAAAAUUUCAAGUUAAAUCUUACAGUUGGUCCUCCAGAUUGUUGGCAUCCUUUUCAUUUUAGGUUCUGAAAAUGGAUUGUGCAAUUGGAACAGUAAAGCUAAAGCUAAAGGACCCCUGGACGGUAAAGUCCCGUCAAACUUGACUAUGGGGCACAGCAUUCAUCUUACUUCAGGCUGAGGAGCCAGAGUUUGCCCGCAGACAGGUUUCUGGGUCAUGUGGCCAGUAUGGUUCCCCUGAUGUGCUAAAAUGUGCCACCAAUAAUUUGGGCUUUCCGGUCCUCUUUUGGUGUCUCAUAUGGACCUUUUGAGCAAAUCAGUAUUGUGGAGGGCAGUUUAACCCUUUCAUAAUCUCAAUUAGAAUUAAGUGAUUGGAGGGGAAAGCGUGCCUAAAAGAGAGUAGAGGCAGAUGGCUUUUAUUUUUUGUUUUUGUAAAACAAUCAUGGGCAGACAUCGGACUUUCAGGUUCAACCUAGUUAUUUUACUAUAACUCUGAGAUCCAUUGACCAGAGCAAAGUGCAAAAUAGUGGCAGGAAAGAGGGCAGCAUACUUUGAACUAAAAGGCAGGAUGUUUCCGAGCAAGCUCAUUCUCAGCUUAGUCCAGGAUUUUAUUUUCUAUACCAAAGCUAACUUCAAAGUCCUGUCACACAAAAAUCUAUUUCUGUUCUACCCCACUCCACCCCAAAGCUUUUUUCAUCUCAACCACCUAAUUUAGAGGAGGGAAGCCUUUUUGUGUGUGUUCACCAGAAGCAGCUUAGUCAUGCUGGCCACAUGACCCGGAAGCUGUACACCGGCUCCCUCGGUCAGUAAAGCGAGAUGAGCGCCGCAAUCCCAGAGUCGGUCACGACUGAACCUAAUGGUCAGGGGUCCCUUUGCCUUUACCUUUAUAGUUAAGCAAUUUGGAGUCUGAAUCCUUGCUGAUCUACUGCAAGUUACCCAAGAGAUCUACCAGUAGAUCUUGAUCUGCCCACCCUGGUGUAAAAGGACAAGAAGUAACUGCAGCUGUGGUUAUUACUGUUAUUACAAAUGCAUAGGCUCAUAAGUAUUACUUCCUCAAACAAUGAACUGCUUUAACAAUGGCUGAAUUUCCUUUUACUCCACAAUCUAAACUAUUUCAGUUGCAUUGGUUGCAUUAUUGUUUGAUUUCAUGCAAUCAGAAUAUUGUAACAGCUGACGAUGGAAGUGAAGUUAGUUAUAAUUAUCUGGAGGGGGCCGAAUCUAGUGUUCAAUCUCUUAACAUAACUGUCAACAAAUGUACAAUUACAUUUUACAAUUAAUUAUAUGACAAUACCAACAUAGAAAGUUUUAUUUGUGUACAUAUUCUCCAUUUUGAUGCAAUUUUAUUUAUGCAUUUACAUUUUAGAUGACUGAGGAUUUAUGUGAUAAAGCAUGGGACUUUUAUAGCAUUAACUUAAAGAGAAUGUGCUUUGAGUAAGUAUUUGGUUACCUUUAGCAUAUAAAAACAUUACAUGUACUUCAUUUCCAAUUCAACAUGAUCACAUGCUAAAUAGGCUAUUUAGUGCAAAGUCACAUAUUGGGUAGUCAUGGCAUUUUAAGAAAAAUGUUAGAAAAAAUAUAUUGUUCCUUUGAUUUGCUCCUUAAAUUUUGUUUGAAUUAAUAUAUAUAUAUUGAUGUAUAUAUUCCCCAUAUACUUCCUAUGAAAUUACAUUUUCCCAUUUUCUUUCAUUCAGGUAAAAACUUCAUUAAUAUAUUGUUUAUUGUGGCUUAAUAAUUGCAGUGCCUGGAUAGAGUAUUGUUCUAUGAGGAAAAUUUCUAGGGAAAUUUUUCAGAGAAAGAUGGCUUUUGCAAAACACUUCUAUGAACAAAAACAAUUAAAAUUAAAGUUACAGCAGUGGAGAGAUUGGGUGAAGUUUCGCCAUGAACAACACAAAAGUAAGUCUAGCACUAACAGGUGGCCAGUUUGGUUACAACUAUUUACUAUCUCAUAGAUCACAACAGGUGCUGCUUGGGCCUCUUGAACAGUACCAUUAGAUGUAUUUUCAAAAUGUGAGAUUCAUUUUGACAGUGGAAUUUGACUCACUAUAAUUGGUUUUAUUUGACUGCUACAAAGUCCCAAAAGCAUAUUUCAUUUUUAUUUAUUACAGCUUGCCCAGGGUCAUUCAAAAAUGUAUUAGUAUAAUUCCCCCCCCCCCCCAAUGGUUCUUAUAUCUACUUCACUAGGCUGAAAAACCUUCUGUUAUUUUACCUUAAAGAUAUAGCUGCUUUUACUAGUAACUGUUUACUUAUCCUACAUUGUAUAUCAGGCAACGGUUAAAGAUGAGAUUUCUAUCAACUGACAUCAGUUUUUUAUAUUUUAUAUUGUAUAGAUAUGUAUAUGUGUGUGUGUGUAUUCCACACACACACAAACAGUCAGCAUAUGCAACAGAACAUGUCUCCAAGCAUCUUCACCAAUAUGAUAAAUAUGAUAAAACAUUGGUUGAGUGAGAAUACCACUGAUAUAAACCCUUCUUUCAUAUCUACGUGUAUGAGUAGGCAAAUUACAGUACCGUAAGUCUGAAUCCAUUUUGUUAAAAAAGAAGGAAAUAAUACCCAAUUUUUCAUCAAUUUCCUUUGAGGCCUGGUUCAGAAGAUCAAAUUGCCGUAUUUUUCGCUCCAUAAGACGCGCCAGACCAUAAGGCGCACCUAGUUUUUGGAAGAGGAAAACAAGGAAAAAAUAUUCUGAAUCCCAUAAGCCAGAACAGCAAGCGGGAUCGCUGUGCAGGGAUCCCGCUGGCUGUCCUGGCGUAUAGGAUAGCUGCGCGCAGCCUGUCCCGGGCAAGGGGAGCCUUCAUCCCCUGCCCGGGAGAGGCUGCGUGUGGCUAAGGCUCCCCUAAAAAUUAAGGGGAAAUGUGUGUGUGUCUUAUGGAGCGAAUGCAGGCAGGAGGCUCUGCUCAGCACUCCCUUUAAAGAGCACACGGAGUGUGUGUGCGGUUCUUGGGGGCUUUUCCCCGAGGAGGGCAGCCCUUCUCCCUCCUCGGGGAAAAGCCCCAAAGAGCCGCACAUACGCUCCACGCAGCUCAUUAAAGGGAGUGCUGAGCAGAGCCUCCUGCCUGCAUUCGCUCCGUAAGACACACACACAUUUCCCCUUAAUUUUUAGGAGGGGAAAAGUGCGUCUUACAGAGCGAAAAAUACGGUAGCCAUCUUUAUUAUGGUUAGUUAAAACAGGCCAGGAUAAAACUGUGGUUUGCUCAGGGUCCCUAAUGGAAUGCCUGUGGCACCAUAGUGCCCUUGGACACCUCUCCUCUUUGUAAAUGCCAAGGCCCCACUACUAUUUUUUUAAAAAAAAUGUGUUUAUUUGACUGUUUAUUUGUUGGGGGUUGCCUGCUUUUGGGGGAGGCGUGGCCUGCUUAUUUUUGGUUCUGUUUAUUUGUUUCCGAGUAUAUUUAUGUCUUUUACCUGGUUAUUUGUGAGUAGAUGGGUUCUGAACAUCACCAGUUUUUUUGUCGAUGAAACUGAUAUUUUAGAAUUCCCACAACAGCCCCCAAACUCGAAAAGUUUGGAGACUGCUGGUUCAGAUCACUAUCUGAACCAGCUUUGAGAGUCAACCAAUUCCUUGCUUCAGUCAAAAGGCAAUGGAAAUUAUUGCUUGUUAAUAAAGUUCCUGCUUUUCCAUUUAUGUUGUUUAUCCAGCAGCAGCAAGGAGGCUUGGGAGAAUCUUUGAUUUCUCUUUACAGAUGAUUGUCUUAAAGGCUUGGCGAAAACAGACUGGCUUUACUAAAAAAGCUAAAAAAUACAGUGAGGUAUGUUUUCUAUGAUGUUUUGAUUACCUCUGUGCUCUUCCAAUACAUGUUUAGAAAUUCAUUUUUGUUGUUGUUUAGUCGUGUCUGACUCUUUGUGACCCCAUGGCCCGGAGCACGCCAGGCACUCCUGUCUUCCACUGCCUCCUGCAGUUUGGUCAAACUCAUAUUGGUAACUUCGAGAACACUGUCCCACCAUCUCGUCCUCUGUCGUCCCCUUCUCCUUGUGCCCUCAAUCUUUCCCAACAUCAGGGUCUUUUCCAGGGAGUCUUCUCUUCUCAUGAGGUGGCCAAAGUAUUGGAGCCUCAGCUUCAGGAUCUGUCCUUCCAGUGAGCACUCAGGGCUGAUUUCCUUAAGAUUGGAUAGGUUUGAUCUUCUUGCAGUCCAUGGGACUCUCAAGAGUCUCCUCCAGCACCAUAAUUCAAAAGCAUCCAUUCUUCGGCGAUCAGCCUUCUUUAUGGUCCAGCUCUCACUUCCAUACAUCACUACUGGGAAAACCAUAGCUUUAACUAUACGGACCUUCGUCGGCAAGGUGAUGUCUCUGCUUUCUAAGAUGCUGUCUAGGUUUGUCAUUGCUUUUCUCCCAAGAAGCAGGCAUCUUUUAAUUUCGUGACUUCUGUCACCAUCUGCAGUGAUCAUGGAACCCAAUAAAGUAAAAUCUCUCACUGCCUCCAUUUCUUCCCCUUCUAUUUACUACAUUUUGCCAGCUGCUCUAAUCUGAGUGAGUAUGCACGGUGCAAGUAUGGAAUUAAAAAUGCAAGUGAGCAAAUACUGAUUCGUUUCCAUAGAAACUUUGUGCCUCAUGACUGCCCAGUAGUCCAUAGAUUAGGAGAUUUACAGGUUCAGCACAGAUGGGGCAGUUUACACAGAAAAAAAAUGGCCACCAUGAUAUCUCAUUCUGAAACCACUUUGUUUUGAUAUAAGACCAUGCGGCAGGGUUUACUACUCUUCGGUUCUGUACUAGUCUACAAAACUGGAAGGGUAGAAGAUUUAAUUUGGCUUAAAAAGUUGGUUAAUCCUAACCCUUCACAGUUUCAAAGUUGUAAAUAAAAAUAGUUCGGGUUUGCUGUGCCCAUGUGUUUUCAUGUGAACGCCUUUUUUCCAGUUCAAAUUGUAUUAGCUGAGAGAUAUGACAACUAAUGGGAUCCAAGCUGUAGUGGAAGUGACAGCUUCAAAAAAGCGAUUUUCCUCAGGACCACUGUAGGGGAGGAAAGUUACAUUUACCUUUGAGGCCUGUUCUGUGCCCAUUAAUUAUCACCUCCCUUAACUGAUGCAAUUUACAUUUAAAAAAAAUCAUGUUAGAUGCAAAGACACAUUUAAAGUCUCAUGUAGUUUGAGAACUGAUUUCUUACAUUUGUCAAAACCAGACUGUAGUUUGAAUAAAGAAAAUGUUAACUUUGUUGUCCUUUUUGUGUACAUUUGGCAGCAAAUAGUAGAAGAUUCUGAAGAUUUUCUCAGUGUUGACUAUCAUGGUGAAAAACGUGAAAAACGUGAAAGGCAUGAAAGACAUGAAAAGCAUGAAAAACAGGAUAAAGAAAAAAGUCACUCUUUAAGACAUUCACAUGAAGAUUAUAUAUCAGCACCACCUAUAAAAUCAGGCAGAGAUCAUAUGACAAAACUGCCAGAAAGAGCAGUGGCCCAGGUUAGUAAGCACAGUUUAAUAGGUUUAAUUCAAGCUUCUCUGAAGGCUCAGGUAUGUCCACAAGGGAGAAGCCUGAAGGCAGCAAAAGGCACAAAAUUGACUAGCAGAUGCCAGCUUCCCACUGCAGAUAUAGUAGGUUUGCCAGAACCUGGAAAAGUGCAGGGCAGGAGUUUUGACCAAGUUUUUGGAGCCAUUUGAGCCCCAAUUAGUGGAGCCUCAGACAUAGUUCUUUUUAUCUGUUAUGGACACUCUCCAGUUAGAAUGUUCUAUCUGCAUUAUUAAGUUUUUAAACAGUACUAAGCUGCCACUUAUGUAUACUUUAUCCCAAAGCAGCAGGGGCAGUGGGUGGGGUGGGGAGUGAAAUGAACAUAUAUAUAUAUUUCCUACUGUUCAUUGGGUUUCUCGAUGGCAAGCAUUCACCCUGUGCACUCCCACCAGGUUGGAGAGGUAGAAGUGACCCCCUGCUCAAGUUGGGGGGGUCAUUAAGACAGAGGAAUCCCUUCAAGUGUUGAUCUUGUGGAGAAAAUGUGAGUUGGGGUGGUUGGGGGAAGGAUAUUCACUGUAAAAUGACAAGAGGUGAAUCACUCCGAGUAGUUACCCUAAAUGUCAUAGGAUUAGAUAUCCUAGUCACACUUUAGAGUGAUGAGACAUCUGAAAAAGGAAUACUCGGAUACAGUGCUGCUCCAAAAGACAUAUCAGUGGUGGGAGAAAUGUUACAUGCAGGAAAUGGGCAUGGAUUGCAGAGCACUAUGCAGCAGCUAUAUUUUUUGAACCAGAAGAAAUCUAAAAGCUAAAGAUCAACAGUGGACAAGUUUUAAGCUUAAGUAAUGCUUUGCAUGUUACUGUGUUUUUGUGUUUUGAAAUUAGGUCUUCCAUUAUUUAACUAUAAUCGAUUUGGCAAGAUGUGCUCAGGUUAACCGAAAUUGGAAAGCAAUGACACAAAUGGGUUCAGUAUGGAGUAAUGUAAGUACAGAUGCUCGAAACCAAGAUUUAGUACCAAUUAAAAAAAAAAAGAAUUGAAGAGAAAACCCAAUAAAUAAUGGUUCUCCUUGUUAAAUUAGCCUAUUGUCCUUCAAAUUUAAUAGUGCUGUCAGAGGAUAGUUAUGUAUCAUAUGAUAAUCAUUGCUUUGGCUAGAAUUGUUGCACAGACGUAAUUUUCUUAUAGUCUCUUAUUUAAACAUACAUAUUUUGGAUAGAGAUAAACUAAUUUUGAUUUGGCUAUCUAAUAUUCCAAUUACAAUUAAUCAAAAAUUGUAUUUCCCAUAUGUUUGAGGGAUUAAUGUUAAUUAAAUUGGUGCCAAAGUUUUAGAAUCUAAGGGCCCCCUUUGCUCUUGAAAAAGGGCUUCAAUCCAACAGAGGCUGGAGAUAGAUUUUUAUCCAAUUCUCCCUUCCCCAUGCAGCCUCCCAUGCCUUUUCCAGGGCUGUUCAGACAGGAGUGUCAAGGAAAAGCAUGAGGUCUGAGCCCAAAAUCUUUUGUGCAGAACCCUAGAUCUCAGUCAAGGGGUAGGGGGACCACUGCUGCUUUAGCAGGUGCUGAAGAUUCCUGGGUGGGAAUCAGCAUUCAUUGGCUGUGCAGGAGGAAUACGCUACCACUGUGCAAAAGCAAGCCUCAACAUUACAAAUUAGCUGUGGGAAGCCCAAGAAGGCAAAGAGCAUUAUGACUGGUACAUUGUUGUAAUAGUAGGACUCAUUAGUUGAAUCUGGCCCACAAUUAAAUAAAUAGAAGACUGUAAAAAAAACCAAAAGUGAUUAGAAAAACGGUGAAAGACAGAUGAAUAAUUUAUGAAUAGUAAAUAUGGAAAAUGUGAAUGAUUCCUAACAAUGAACAUUUGAAGGGCUCUCCAUAAUCCCCACCUCUUUCCCUAGAAUAUCAUCUUUCACAAGUUUGGGAGAAUUUCUUUCUCCAAGCUUAAAACUAAGCUAAGCUGCUUCUUCAAGUGGCUGCUUAGCUGUGCUCAGUAGCUAGGCUGCCAAGCACUUUGGAAAUUGGGGCCAGAAUGUUUCAUGGAAAUGACAUCAAGUGCAGCUGACUUGGAGUAGUGACUCAGCUUUGUUUUAAAUUAAGAAGAAAUCAAAUCUUGUGUCAAUCUCAUUGAAAGAUUACACCCAACCCCCCCAAAAGUACUAUCCCAAUGUGCCACAAUAUUGCGGGCUGAAAACUUUACCUCAGUACUAGGCAUUUGUAGGCAUACGAAGCACAUAAUUUCUGCCUCUGUAUUGGGAAGAUUCCUAGAUUUAGCAUAGAUAUUAUCCUGUACAUCUCUACCCAUAUCCUGUUGUCAUUGGACUUCAAUGUAUUUUCAUUUGAUUCUCCUGAACUACUCACCUUCCAGAAGUGAAACAAUUGUUUGUAUUUUCAGGAUGACAGAUUUAAUGAACCUUAACAUUUGUAAUGUAUAGAACUCCUCGUUGUUAAUUAUAUCGGAAUAUAUUUUCUGUUUAGAUUAAUUUUUCUGCAGUAAAAGAGAAGAUUAAAGAUAACAUAGCCGGAAAUAUUUUGCUGAAGUGGCAUACUAAUGUGCUGAAUUUGAAUCUUCGUGGUUGUUCUACCCUUUAUUGGCUUACUUUUAAAAAUAUUGGUAAGCAUUUUAUUAAAUUUCUAAUUUUUUAAAAUUGUCUUGCUGUUAAUGUGUCUAUCUUUUUGAAAUACAGUCAUACCUCGGGUUGAAUAUGUUUCAGGUUGAGCAUUUUUGGGUUGGGCUCCGCGGCGACCUGGAAGUAACGGAACACGUUACUUCUGGGUUUCGCCACUUGCGCAUGCGCAGAUGCUCAAAAUGACAUCACGCGCAUGCGUGGAAAUGGCGAAUUGUGACCCGCAGAUGCGGGUUGCGUUCGCUUCAAGAUGCAAACAUCCUGAACGGAUCCCAUUCGCAUCCAGAGGUACCACUGUAUUCAGAAAAAUGUAUAAUAGGUUUACAAUUAUGUAAAUUCACAUACAGUGGUACCUCGGGUUACAUACACUUCAGGUUACAUACACUUCAGGUUACAAACUCUGCUAACCCAGAAAUAUUACCUCGGGUUAAGAACUUUGCCUCAGGAUGAGAACAGAAAUCGUGCUCUGGCGGCGCAGUGGCAGCACGAGGCCCCAUUAGCUAAAGUGGUGCUUCAGGUUAAGAACAUUUUCAGGUUAAGAACGGACCUCCAGAACGAAUUAAGUACUUAACCCGAGGUACCACUGUACUUUGAGGCCCCAAAUGAAGUUCCCAGAUGAGGGUUAUCCUUUUGUAACUAGCAAGGGGUAAGGAGAAGGAACCAAGCUAGCUGUAGGCCAGCACUGCUGGAGAUCACUCAGCUUGAGACUUGUGAGACAACCACACUUUCAGCUGCAGAUGCUUCAGCCAGUCAUCUCAGUGUUGGUUGGCCUGGAGAAUAAGCAGCAAGGGCAAAGUGCAGAUAGAGUAAAUAAUCCAAGUGAAAGCUUAGUAGUUGUUUUUCUUCCUACCUGACAAUCUUACUCAGUUUUGGGGUUUUGCUGUCCUUGUAGCAAAUUCUUCUUCUUAUGCUCUGUGGUUGUUUGUGGGAGUUUAUUUUUACAUUUUCAGUUCUCAUAACUAGAUUGGACCUCAGACUGGAACCAUAGUCAAGAGUAAGCAAAGGUGGAUGCCAAGCAAAAUUCCAUGGGACUUUCUUAAGAAGCCCUGGGGAUAAGGACUUACAGGCUAGUUCCUAUGUUCACUAGAUAGGUUGGCAGCCAACUGCACCUCCAAGUUAUUUACUGCAGGCAGCUUAAGCCAUAUCCUCCAAUUCCUCUGAGAAUAUAAGAAGUCUGCUAUUAAACAGACCAUCAACAACUUCUAAUUAGCUAGCUAGGAUUGGUCUCUUAGGUCUGUGUAGCUCACUAUGGAGAGCCAACAUGGGAGAGUAGGGUGGUCCUCCCACUGGAGAAGGAUGAAGAUUGACCCUGCCUACAUGUUCCAGACAUUGUAGUCAAGGUUGAGACAAGGUAGGAACAGGACACACAAGUCUGAAACAGGAAACACUUCCAUAGAUUCCAUAGCUUUAUCAUUACAUGAGCACACAAAUGUGUUCUGGAGGUUCCCCCAAACUUCUGGAGCGAAUUGGGGAGGGGCAUGGGGAGGCAGGGAGUUCAAUUGCACAAGUGAAAAUCCUUGCACUGAUACAAGUUAGCUGUAUACUACUCAUUGUUUUCACUUCCUCUUAAAGAUUGUCCUACACAUGCUAAUUUUUCCAUCCUCUGUGCAAUCAGCUGAAAAGUGGACAAUAGUAUCUCUUAUUUUAUCUCUUGUUCAGGCUCAUUACACAGCAUAAAGCUGCUAGAAGCUUGUUUCAGCUUGUUAAGCUUGUUUCAAGGACACUAAAGUAAAUUACCAGAUUUUUUUAUUUAUUAAAAUUUUAAGGCUGUACUGCUGAAUGAACACACUCCAUUCUACUCUGCCUUGGGCCAAGUAUUUUCUUUUUUUCUUGGUUUCUCUUGUUUCAAAUCUUUGAUCUGUCUUAGGUGUUCCAUACCUAUUUCUUUUUCGUUCAUUGGAAAUUUUACAGUACAUUUAAACUCUUUGGAGCUUUUGAGUUGAAUCAGUCUUCCUUUCACAUUAUUGGUAAAAUAAUGAAGGUAAUUCAGACACUAUGGCCUUUUUGUUAUUGUUCUGGAAGACACACAUUUUAAAAUUAAGGUUCUAUGAUGAUGAAAUGUUAACCAAAACAAUAUAAAAUUACAAACAUUAUACAUACUCCUGCAUUUAAGACUAUAAUGCCGAUGAAUACAGUGCAAUAUUUGUUUCCAGUUUAAUAUAUGAGUAUGAUAAACUUUGUAUCUGAAAAGUUUAAAAAUACUUGGACAUGUAAAUCAUUUUAUCCUUUGUGUAGCUGAGAAUUGUGCAUCCUCCCCUUUCCCUUGAUGAUUAAGUUUUUGUGCCAAUAAACUGUAUCAUUGAGGUAGGUUUUAAAAAAAUAAUAAUUUAGGAACAAAGCGAAACAUUUCCCUAUUUUAAGUUAUUUUUCAGAUUUCAUUUUGAGUCACGACCACCACUAGUACUACUGCUACAAUUCAGGUCUAUAUAUACCCUUUUUGAUGUUCCCACUUUCGUGGGCAUAUUGUAAUUAAUUAUUCAUCCAUGACGUGGCAGUUGAAGACGAUUACUUACAGAGCUAGUUAUCUUUUCCUCAUGCUAAAUUCCAGUUUCUGAACUUUUCUUUGGCCAAUUAGGAAGAAUAAUUAUUUACCAAUUUAGCCAUGAAUCUUUCUAGUAAAUAAAAAAAUGCACUGCUGCUUUAACACAAUUCUGCUGCCUGUUUUAGGUUCCCAUUUCCUGUUCUAGCAAUUCUGUGGGGCCAUUCAGGGUUCACUCAUUUUUCUGUUUCAGCAGUUUUAGACUUUAUUAGCCACUGAAGUAACACUUUAUUCCCCUGGAACUUGUUUGGCUUUUGGGCUGCAGCUUCAAAUGUCAACCAUUAGAUCCCUCCCAUUUUUCUUUUACUCUGUAAUGUUGCAGACUCUCUUCCUGCAGCAACUGGCUUCAAGUUGCCUGUAAAUCCAGCCCCCCCCCCCAACAACAGCUGUGUUAUUCUGAGUCCAAUAUCUGCCUUGUCAUCCUUUCCUGUCUUUCUAUACUGUGAAUAACUAAGACCGUUUGCGGGGGGGGGGGGGGAAUCAUAAUGGAUAUUUAAAGUGAGGAAUUUUGUAAGUUUCAACUUUUAAAAUUUAGCCAGACACCUGCAUCUUACUUUGGACCCACAGGAAGGUCUUUCCCUCUCAAGUAGUCAGUUCUUCAAUACUUGAGAUCACUGUAGAAAAUAAUUCUGUGGCUGCAAUCCUGUGCCACAUAUCUAGGAGUAUACCCCACUGAACUCAUGGGGACUUCUGAAUAUAUGUGUAUAGGAUUACAGUGUAAAGGAAUAAAAGUAAAAAAACAGGAGGCGUUCCUGGACAACUUUACAGAAAAUUUAAAGGUAAGUUGCCAGUUUUCCAUCUAUUUCAUUUUAAUUUGGAGUGGUGAGGGAGGGAGUGUAAGUGUUACACACACAACCCUAGCUAGCUGUUCCCUCUUCCUGCCAGAGCUCCUUGUGCCCCACCCGAAGGUGUUCCUGAAGGAAGGAAUGAGGAUCCUCCAGAGCAAUAUUCCAGGGGCUAUAGCUAUAAAGAUAAAUCAGCCCCCGGGUAUAAUUCAUGUAGGCUCUUUGGAUUCCAGAAAAUGAUUUUCAAGCCAAAUAACACAUGUGAACCUUUAGGGUUAUUGGAGGAGUAUUUUCAGUUUGUGAAGAACUGCUAGAGUUUACAAGCAGCUUUUUUCAAUUCAAAGCAUUCUUGCAGCUAUGAUUUUCUUAAUAGUUUCUCACAAAGUAUGAGGCUACAGAUUAAAGCUGAAGUUGAUCUUAAUCCUAUGCUUGGCUCACGCUUUGAUAGUUUCAUUGAUGUAGGAAAGAUAGUGGAUUUUCCCUGAAUUUGAAUUUACAUCAUUGGUUUGUCAGUCACCAGUUUUGUACUGUGGGACAAAUGUCAUGACUGAUCAGUACUGAUGUUUCAAUAUUUUCCUUCUUUUUACAAGUCAAUAAUUUUAUUGGUUUAUUACAUUGAUAUCCCUCUUUUCUUCCAAGGACUGCGAGGUGGCGCACAUUGUUCUUCCCCUUUCUAUUUUAACCUCUCAACAACCCUAUGAUACAGAUUAGUCUGGAUUGCACCCUUCUGACACCCUACAUCAAAUAGGGUGGUAUUGAGAUUUUUUUUGUCACAAUCUUUCAUUACCUUGGGGAAGCUCUGCCAUUCCAUGCCAAAACACGUCCUAUGUUAGGAGCACAUCAGCUGAAGAUACUCCAUUUGUGAGUGACUGUAGAACAUCUGAUUUAUUUUCUUUUUAUGUGAUUGUUUAUCCCCUUCUGAACCAAAUCAUUCUGAAAACUCGAAACCCAAAACUGAGUAGUAUUAUGUCUAAAUAGAGUCAGGUCUCAUCCACCUGCUUUAACCCUUCUACUAUCUCUCUGGCAAUCGCUCGUAGCUGACUAAGAUUGUCUUCCCUAAACACGGUUUUAACAAUGAGUCUGUAAGUAACUGUGGAGGCCAAUUCUGGAUCCACAUGUCCUUCCACAGCGGGGACAUAGGUUACCGGGUGGGAGUUGAUCAUGGUGUGAAUUUGCCAAGCGUGCCUUCCUCUUAGCACGUUUCUCCCUUGUGUCCUGAGUUUGAGUGUCUUCAAAGCCCAUGACACCUUUGGUAAAGGCUGUUCUCCAAUUGGAGCACUCGCAGGCAAGUAUCCCAAUUGUUGAUGUUUAUACUACAUUUUUUUAGAUUUGCCUCGAGACAGUCUUUAAACCUCUUUUGUUGACCACCAGCAUUAUGCUUUCCAUUUUUAAGUUCAGAAUAGAGUAGUUGGGAAGGAUCCAGUAAUUACAAAUUGGACUUUGGCUGCCUAUCCCCUGACUCAGAUGACUUUGCCCUUGUCCAGAUCUAGGCACUUAGGAAGGAUAAAUUGGUGUUUGCCUAUUUGUGCCUCAUUAGAAAGUUGGAUGUGUGUGCCUUCUGUUACAGUUACAAUAUUCAACAGAUUGCAGUGGAUGACAGUAGUUCUGUGCACACUUAACUGGGAGUAGGCUCCACUGAACAUAGUACAACUUAAAGGUAAAAAGGUACCCCUGCCCGUAUGGGCCAGUCGUGUCCGACUCUAGGGUUGUGCGCCCAUCUCACUUAAGAGGCCAGGGGCCAGCGCUGUCCGGAGACACUUCCGGGUCACGUGGCCAGUGUGACAAAGCUGCUCUGGCGAGCCAGCACCAGCGCAGCACACGGAAACGCCGUUUACCGUCCCGCUAGAAAGCGAUACCUAUUUAUCUACUUGCACUUAGGGGUGCUUUCGAACUGCUAGGUGGACAGGAGCUGGGACCGAAGGACGGGAGCUCACCCCGCCGCGGGGAUUCGAACCGCCAACCAUGCGAUCGGCAAGUCCUAGGCACUGAGGUUUUACCCACAGUGCCACCCGUGUCCCAUAGUACAACUUACUUCUGGUUAAACAUGGAUUUCAAGUUUUAGGAUGUUUAAGCCCAACUCUCUAAAGAGGUUUAGUUUAUUACACUGCAAUAAAUCAUAUGCCUUUGCGUUAAAAAUUUGCAAAUGGUUACUAGUUAGGCAAAAAUGACACAAAACAGAUUAAAAAGAGUAAGUUUAUAAGGAAACAGGUAAUGUCAUCAUGUGAUUAGUACCAAAAAUAUUUUAACAGAUAAUCCCUCAUGAACAUACACUGCAUUUAACAAAAAUAUAAACUACCAUCUUUUCUUACAAAAAUAUUAAAGGAUGGAAUGUGGCGGUGAUCAAAUUAACCUAUUACAGUGACAAUUACCCCAUGUUUCUUUCCUGUUUGAACUGGAUAUUCUUUGUGCUUUUCCCAUUCUUCAUCGUCGGUAUCCUGUUCAAAUGUUUCUGGGUAAAUAGGGAGCUUAUCUUUGGGACACUCUUCGUAAUAGCUUCUGACAUAUUUCCCGACAAACCAGCCUUUGAAUUCCUCAGGUUUUCUACAUUCUAAACCAUGGUAGUGAACACUGUAGUGGUGCUUCAACCAGUAGAAAAGAUAAUGAAUGUUGUAGUCACAUCUCCAAGGAUUUUCUCUAAGCCACAGUAUUUUCAAAAAGUACAAAUCUUCUAAUACUCCAUAUUCGAAAUUUUGCAGGGAGUUGUUUGAUAAAUCCAAUUCUUCCAGGUUCAUGAGUCCUGCAAAUGCAGCUGUUCAAAAAAUGUAAACACUAGGAUUACAUAUCUACUGCGUAGAAAUAACAACAACCAUAGAGAUAUGUGUUAGUACCAUUAAACGUUGGCUGAGAUUCACUGUGGUUGUGUUUUAAAGAAACAAGAGAGGCACAAUGUUCUGAACAUUAUUGUGAGUCUUCUGUACCAGACCCAAAAUAGAGAUUAAUAGUGUAAUCCUAUACAAAUUUAUCUAGGAGUAAGUUGUAUUGAAUUCAGUGGGCUUGCUUCUGAGAAGACAUGCAUAAUAUUGCACUCUAAAACAAUCUGAUUAAUCAGUGACUGUUGUUGCUUCCCGUAGGUGGAAUUCUCUUAGAUUUGAUAGAUAUUCAACUGCUAUUUCUUACUAUUUCAUAAUUAUUAAAAAUGACAUUUUGAGGAAAUGAGCCACCUUUUGUAUCAUGAAAGCAUUUAUUAAAACUCACUAUAGUUUGAUAUAUCAUAAUAAAGUUUACUCACCUGGGUCUAUGUGAACUAUUCCAUUACUACUGAGGUUUAAUACCUUCAGGUCAUUCAUGUCUUCAAAUUCCUUGGGUCGUAGCUGGUUGAUUUUAUUGUUAGAUAGAUCAAGUUUAACUGCAUCUGGAGGGAUGUUACCGGGAACUUUCUUUAAUUCUUGAGAAGGAAAGAAGAAAUAUAUAUACAUAUAUAUUAUGGAAAGCCAUAGGCCCCGCCACAACACAGUUUCCCAUCUAUCCAUAUACCAACAUAGACUACUCAUGUGCAUUCUUAAGUCUUCUUUUGUUUUUAAGACAGCUUUUAAAAGUUAUUGUCUUCUAUUUAUACCCCACCUUUCUUCCAUUAUGGAAUCCCAGGGAGCAUACAUGUGGUUCCUACAUGGUCUCUCAUCCAACACUGACCAGACUCAGACCUACUUAGCUUCAGUAAGGUGGUAGCCUGGUGUGCAUAUCCUAUUCCCAAAUACAUUGCCCAUUACUCCUUUAGUUUGUGUAUCACCAACUUCUGAGAAUCAAUGUACCCACUGAGAGUUUGAAACAAGGUAAACCAACUGAGGUGCUAAAGAAGCCAUCUUAAAAAUCUACAAGUAGUACAGAUUGUGCCAAAAAGUGUCAUUUCCAUGUUGUAGACAAUGUAGAGCAUUGUUUUCUGGCUGCCUUAUUGAAUUACUUUUUAUGAAGAAUGUUGCUAUUGAUCCACCAAUUCACAUAUUGUCUUUCUGUCAAAACAACAUUGAGAAGUUUGUCUUCCUCUGCACUUUGUGGCUUGGGUCACUUUUAAAAACUCAUCUGGUGCUAUUUAGUUUGAAGAUAGCUUGUGUGGUUGUCAGGUGUGGGGGUUGCAGUUUGACAGGUUGGUGGAUGGAUGGUCUUUUAGAGCAGGAAUUUGAAUGUGGAUAACAUUUUGCUGCCUUCCAGAUAUUAUUCCCUAAUUUCUAUUGUUUUUAAAUUUGUCUAGGCAGGGAACCUAGGGGUGUACAAACAUCCCUAAAUCCAAUCCAAAAUUCAUUCAAACUUUCAUCUAGUAUUUUAUGUUCUGCUGCCAUUGGUUUAUUUUGCACAAAUCUUUUUUUCCAUUUAAUAAUCUGCUAAUGCCAAUAUAUGAAUAUUUUAUUAUUAUUAUUUUUUUUAAUAUAAAUUUUAUUUUAUAACACCAUACAAACAAAAAAGACAAACACAACACAUUCACACCAAAAAAAACAUAUACAUACAUAUACAUACUCCUGACAUAAGACAACAACGAAUUAACUACAUUAACUACUUAACACACAACACUGACUGACUUCCUUCAUCUCGGUUUCUGAAUGUGUUAUAAAAUUUUCUAUCUGCAGUUUCUUUUCCUAAAAAAAUUCUUUACAUCACAAGUGUUAUAUCGCACCUACUGUGUUUUUUAGUUUUUUUUACCUCUGUUUCCAUGUAUGCCAUGAAUUUAUUCCAAUCUUUAUUAAACUUUGUGUCUUUUUGAUUUCUUAUUUUCUGUGUCAUUUUUGCCAAUUCUAGAUAGUCGAGUAGUUUCGAUUGCCAUUCAUUUAUGGUUGGGAUUCUUGGUGUCUUCCAAUUCUGCGCUAUUAGAGUUCUGGCGGCCACUGUCGCGUACUGAAAGAGUGUUUGAUCUUCCUUUUGAUUUCCUCUCCAAUUAUCCCCAGCAAAAAGGCUUCAGGUCUCUUUAUAAAGGUAUAUUUAAAGAUUUUUUUUAGUUCAUUGUAAAUAGAUUCCCAAAAUUUUCUAAUAGGCUCAGACAACCACCACAUAUGAUAAAAAUCGCCCUCCUUAAUCUUGCACUUCCAGCAUAAUUUAUUUUUUUUUUUUUUAUAAUAUUUUUUAUUGCAUUUUUCCAGAUAGAAAUACAAGGUCAGAUAUACAAAGAAAUAACAGAAAAGAGAAAGAAAAAGAAGAAAAUCAUAUUUUAAAAGCAUUUUUACAGAAACAACCGGACAUACCCCCGUCCCCCUCACCUUGCGUUCUUUACAAUAAAAUUUUUCAGCAAAUUAUAACCUUAUUUCGUGCAUUCUUUUGUUCUUUCAAAUACUUGUGAUUUACGUUUAAAAUGCUUAUUGUCAAUUUACACUAAUAAUAUAUAUAAUGUUCUUUUAAACGUUAGUCCUUUCAUUAAUAUAGCUUAGUUUCCCAUACCUUAAUCUUAUUGCUGGAGCUGAAUUUCCCUAAUCAUGCGAAUUCUUAACAUUCAUAUAACUUAUAAAAUUUUUGUAAAUAAUCUUUAAAUUUUUUCCAAUCCUCCUCCAUUGCUUCUUCCUCCAAAUCUCGGAUCCUGGCAGUCAUCUCGGCCAAUUCCAUGUAGCCCAUCAAUUGCGUCUGCCACUCUUCCAGUGUGGGUAAAUCUUGAGUCUUCCAGUAUUUUGCGAUAAGAAUUCUUGCUGCUGUAGUUGCAUACAUAAAAAGGUUCUAUCCUUCUUUAACACCUUCUGACCGACAAUGCCCAGUAGGAAGGCCUCUGGUUUCUUGGGAAAAGUGUACUUAAACACUUUUUUAACUCAUUAUAGAUCAUUUCCCAGAAGGCCUUCACUUUUGGGCAAGUCCACCAGAGGUGAAAGAAUGUCCCUUCAGCCUCCUUACAUUUCCAACAUUUAUUAUCAGACAAAUGAUAUAUCUUAGCAAGCUUGACUGGGGUCAUGUACCACCUGUAUAUCAUUUUCAUAAUAUUCUCUUUCAAGGCAUUACAUGCCGUGAAUUUCAUACCAGUGGUCCAUAACCUUUCCCAGUCUUCAAACAUAAUGUUGUACCCAAUGUCCUGAGCCCAUUUUAUCAUGGCUGAUUUGACUGUCUCAUCCUGAGUGUUCCAUUUAAGCAGCAAGAUAUACAUUCUCGAGAGUACCUUGGUCUUUGGUUCCAACAAUUCUGUCUCUAGUUUCGAUUUUUCCACCUGGAAACCUGCACUUCCAGCAUAAUUUAUGACCAGUUUUAUAUAUUUUUCCCAGUUUUACGGGCGUUACGUACCACCUGUACAUCAUUUUGUACAUAUUUUCCCUGAGUGUUGUGCAUGCCGAGAAUCUCAUACCUUUAUUCCAUAGUGCCUGCCAUUUAUCAAACUCUAUGUUAUACCCAAAGUCCAUUGCCCAUCUCACCAUUGCCUCCUUUACUUCUUCAUCUUUGGUGUCCCAUUCGAGCAACAGGCUAUACAUUUUCGAUAGGAGUUUUGUUUUACUUUCUAAUAUUUCAAUCUGGAAUCUAGAUUUUUCUCACUUAUCCCAUUUUUUUAUCCUCGGUCCAGAUAGAGUUGAUUUGAUGAAAUUGGAUCCAACCUGUCAAUUUGUUCUUUAUUUCUUCAUAUGGCCUAAUCCUCCAACCGGUCUCUGUUUUUACUAAUAAAUCUUCAUAGGUCCAUCUUUCUCCUUCGAUAUUUGUUUUUUUUAUUGUCAGGAUAUCGAUUGGCGAAAGCCACCAAGGGGUAUUCUGUUCCAAUACAGUGGUGCCUCGCAAGACGAAAUUAAUCCGUUCCGCGGGAGUCUUCGUCUAGCGGUUUUUUCGUCUUGCGAAGCAACCCUAUUAGCGGCUUAACGGAUUAGCGCUAUUAGCGGUUUAGCGGCUAUUAAAGGCUUAAAGGCUUAGGGGAUUAGCUGCUAAAAGGCUAUUAAAGGCUAUUAAAGGCUUAGCAGAUUAGAUAAAGACGGAAAAGCGAAAAAAAUCGCUAGAAUCGCAAGACAAUUUCGUCUUGCGAAGCAAGCCCAUAGGGAAAUUCGUCCUGCGAAGCAACUCAAAAACGGAAAACCCUUUCGUCUAGCGGGUUUUCCGUCUUGCGAGGCAUUCGUCUUGCGGGGCACCACUGUAAUUUUUUAUUUCUUUCCCACACCUCCAGUAAUGGCCCUCUGAAGAUAUGGUUAGAAAAUCCUUUAUGGAUCUUUCCCUUAUUACGCCAUAGGUAAGCGUGCCAACCGAAUCUUAAAUCAAAUCCUUCUAAAUCUAGCAGAUCUUUAUUUUUAUAAUAAUCCAAUCCUUGACCCAACAGAGGCAUGAGGCUUCAUAAUAUAACUUUAAAUUUGGGACUGCGAAUCCUCCUCUAUCUCUUUGGUCUGUGAGUAAUUUGAAUCUGAUUCUCGGCCUUUUUCCUUGCCAGAUGAAUUUAGAAAGUAUUUUCUGCCAGCCCUUGAAUAUUGAUGUUCCCCUGAUUAUUGGUAUAUUCUGAAAUAAGAAUAGCAGUUUCGGUAAUAGACUCAUUUUUAUUGCCGCCAUUCUCCCCGACCAGGAUAGCUUUAUUCUAUUCCAGGUAUCUAAGUCCUUCCUUGUUUCUUUCCAUGCGGUUGUAUAAUUGUCUUCCAUCAAAUUAAUGUUCUUUGUCGUUAACCAGAUUCCUAGGGAUUUUACGUUUUUGGUUACUUUAUUUCCAGUCUGAGAUUCAAGGUGAUUUUUUCCGGUCUCUUCUACAUUUUUAAUCAACAUUUUAGUUUUUGUUCUGUUUAGUUUAAAACCGGAUAGUUUUCUGAAUUCUUCUAACAGAUCUAACACCUUACUGACACUCUCUUCUGGAUCCUCCAAAAGACAACAUAAGGUCGUCAGCAUAAGCUUUCAAUUUGUAUUCUUUCACUCCUAUUUUUAUUCCGCGUAUCUCUGAAGUUUUUUUUAUCUUAUUUGUAAUUAUCUCUAACAUCAUAAUAAACAGAAAGAGGUGACAGAGGGCACCCCUGCCUAGUACCCUUCGAGAUUUCAAAGGGUUCUGUUAAGUUAUUAUUAAUAAUUGGUUUAGCACUUUGCUGUGAGUAAAUUGCUUUUAUUCCUUCCAGGAAUGUGCCCUCUAUCCCUGUCAUUUCCAAACAUUUUAUAGAAAACGCCAGGAUACGUUAUCGAAUGCCUUUUCGGCAUCAAUAAACAGUAAAGCUGCAGGGAUUUCGUUUUUGCAUUCUAAGUACUCAAUGAUAUUUAUUGUAUGUCUUAUGUUGUCUUUUAUUUGCCUAUUGGGUAAAAAAACCAGCCUGGUCGGUAUGGAUAAGAUUAACUAGGCAUUUUUUAAGUCGAGUCGCCAUUAUAUCUGCAUAGAUCUUAUAAUCAUUAUUCAAUAGUGAAAUCGGUCUGUAAUUCUUAAUAUUCCAGCCUAUCCGAGUCAGGUUUCGGUAUCAGCGUAAUGUAUGCCUCUUUCCAUGACGCUGGUGUUCUUCCUUCUCUUAAAAUCUCGUUCAUUACUUCACAUAGCACUGGUGUAAUAAGUUCUUCUAAGACUUUAUAAUACUUGGCUGACAAUCCAUCUGGGCCUGGGGCUUUCCCCAGUUUCAUCCUCUUUAUCGCCUCUUGAAUUUCCUCUGUUUUUAUGGGUUUAUUUAAUAAAUUUCUUUCCUCUUCCGAUAUACUGUUGAUUCUGUUUUCUUCUAGAUAUUUUCCCAUUUCUAUUUCAUCUUCUUCUUCUCUUUUCCUCCCGACAGGAGGAAAUUAGAGAUUUAGACAUUUUAUGGUUAAAGAUCAAAGAGGAAUUUAAGCAAAAUGAAUUACACAUGGAAAGUAAAUUAGGAGAAAUACAGGAACAGAUAGAUAAGAAAAUAGAAAGUGCGGUAGGAGAACUCUCCAGAAAGGUACAAGAUCUGACAACCAAGUCAAAAAUAAUUGAGGAAAUCAAUAAAAGAACCCAAAAAGAUCUGAGAGACCAAAAGAAAGAAACAGAAAAAUUAAAGGAAGAAGUAAAAGAUUUAAAUAAAAUGCAAGAUCAAUUGUUGGACAAUUUAGCCAUGACAGAACUCCGUCAGAAACAACUUAAUUUAAAAUUCCGAGAGUGGUGGAAGAGGUAAACGAGGAUAUAAGAGGAAAAUGGUUAAAGAACUCGCAAAGUGGUUGGAAAUAAAAGAAGAACAAGUUGCGUACACGAUAGAAAGUGCGUUUAGAAUAAGAGGGAAAUCGCAACGAAUUAAAUCAAAAAAAUCCCUGGUGACUGUUUAGUAAUAUUUAACUCAUUGGAAAUGAGGAACACUAUACUAAGAACAAGCUACAGAAGAAAGUUAAUGAUUGGAGGCUGUCCAAUUAUUGUCUUUAAAGAAAUUCCAAUUAGGAUUCUGCGCAAAAGGGAAGGAUAUAGACAAUUAACAAAUGUCCUAAAGAGAAAUACAAUACAGUAUAAAUGGGAAUUCCCAGAAGGGAUUUCCUUUUUCUACAAGAAUAGAAAGUUCAAACUGAUAGAUACACAAGAAGCGGGAAAGUUUUUGAGAAGAUACGAAAAAGACCUGGGUAAAGAAAAGAAAGAUCUGGAGGAGAGGAAAAAACGUGGGAGGUGGGAGGGAGGGGAGAGAAGGAGGCCGGGGGAGCGGAGGGGGGUGAAGUAGAAGCAGAGGAGGAAGCGGAGGACGCGGGAUCGGGAGAGGAGGAGGAGGAGGAAGAGGUGGAAACUAUUGGAAAUAGAGGCACCAGAAUUUAAAUCGGAAAUUAGGAUAAAGUGCAAUUAGUCGAAAUGACCCUUAAAUUUCUGUCGUGGAAUGUGAAUGGUUUUAAUGAAAAGUCCAAGAGAAAUAAAUUUGAGAAAAUCAUAAGGAAAAAAAAUAUUGAUGUGAUUUGUUGCCAGGAAACACAUGUUGCCAAAAAACACAAACAUAUUUUAAUAAAUAAAAAGUUGGGAAUAGAAUUUAUCAAUUCAGACUCAAAGAAGAAAAGAGGGGUGGUAACUUAUGUGAAAGAGAAAUUGGAACCUAAACUGAUAUGUAAGGAUGAGGAAGGAAGAAUUCUAGGAGUACAAAUCAACUACCAGGAGAAAAACUUAAUGUGGUAACGGUCUAUGCGCCAAAUACAAACAAAAUGGAGUUUUCAAAAAAUUGGAACAAGUUUUAUUAGAUCUAGAGAAUCACAAAUUGAUUCUACUUGGAGAUUUAAAUGGAGUGCCAACACCGGAAUUAGAUAGAAGCUCGAAAAGGAAGAACUUAAAUCAAGGGAAACUUCCAAGAUCGUUUAUUGACCUUGAGGAAAACUUAGAUUUAAUAGAUAUAUGGAGAUUCAAAAACCCCAUGACCAAACAAUUCACACAUUUCUCAGAGCCGCAUCAGAGCUGGAGUAGAUUGGAUCAGAUAUGGAUAUCAAGAGAAGAGAUAUGGAUAUCAAGAGAAUAAGAGUGUCGAAAUGUGAGAUACUACCCAGAACACUAUCUGAUCACAACCCAAUAAUAUUACACUUAAACUGGAAGACCCAGGGUAUCUACAGAUGGAGAAUGAAUGAUUAUUUAUUUGAAAAGAAGAAGUGAUUGAUAAGGCUAAAAUUACUUUAAAAGACUAUUUUGAUUUAAAUAUUAAUAAGGAGACUAACAUGGAUAUAGUUUGGGAUGCCAGCAAGGCAGUGUUAAGAGGUUUUUUUGAUACAACAAAAUAGUCAAAGAAGAAAGGAGAGAGAACAAAAAAAGGAAGAGCUAAUCACUCAAUUGAGAGAAUGUGAAAAGAAUUUGAUAGAAAAGCCGAGCGAUGAAGGGAACAAGCAACUGUAUAAGAUGAUACAAGCACAAUAUUCAACAUUAAUAAAUCAAGAGGUAGAAUGGGAAUUAAGUUAAUGAAACAAAAAUUUUCUGCAUCUGCAAAUAAAACUGGAAAGUUCCUGGCGUGGCAGUUGAGGAAAAGAAGAAAACAAAAUCUUAUUAAUAAAAUAAAAGUAGAAGACCAAAUCUUGGAAGACCCUAAUGAAAUAAAAAAGAGCUUCCUUAAAUUCUAUGAAAACCUAUAUAAAAGAGAAGAAGAAGAUGAAAUAGAAAUGGGAAAAUAUCUAGAAUAUUUUAAACAUUUUUAGCAGUUGAAUUCAGAUGUUUCUUCCUACUUUGCUAAAGAGCUUUGGAAUGUAACUGAGGAGUACAGAUAAAGUCUACAGGUAACAAAAGAGAUAACUUCUUUCCAUUUGAAAAUAGCAAUAAUGAACAAUGCAGUUCAUUGGUUUUUAAAAUUCAAGUAGAAACAAAUUAAGGCCUCAGUCCUAAUUCCACUUACUUGGAGCCCAUCACUGAAAACAAUGAGGUUUAUUUCUGAGUAGACAUGGGUCAGUUACAAGACAUGGGGCUUGAAAGAUAAAUUACUCUAAAUUAUUUUUAUUCUAAAUUAUUAUUCUUGUAGUCAUGGGUGGUAGGUAGAUGCAGGCUUCUCUAUAGGAUGGCACAAUUUGUUUGAUUAAAUCACGAAUAUUAUUAUGCUAAAUGUAUUAUAGGGCUACACGCUCAUCCUACUUCCAGGCUGCUUGCGUCUGACAAGUAAGGCACAUAUGCCCACUUUUGUUAUUUUGUAAUCAGGAUGCUAUAAGUUUUUAUCAUAAGUCUAUUGAUUGUUAUGGAUACUAAUAAUAAUGGAUAAUGGAUAGGUGAAAAAUUCCACCGCUUGGGCUAGAUAACCACCAACUGUAAUCUUCUGCAUGUCUACUGACAAGUAAUUCCUUGAAUUCAAUUUGGCUAUCUCUCAGGUAAAAGUCAAAAGGCUUACAGCCUAAAAUAUUUUUUAAACUAUACCCCACCUUUCCAUUACCUUGGGUAAAGUUUCAAAAUGACAAUUUUAAUGGUCAUUAAUGAGCAGCUAAAAAGUAACAUGCAUUUGGCUUAUACAAACCUUUUCUUCUGCAGUCCAGUGUCUGUACAGGAAACAUGUAAAUGUGGCAGAGAGAAGAGUCAAAUUCAGGUCUGAUGGGUUUAGGUUUUGGAAUAGGAGGGUCUGGUCUUUCUCCUUCAGUGCACAGCUGCUCUGAUUUUACUUGCUUGAGCUUUUGACCUUUUAGUUUUGUUGGGUGCACACAUUUAGCAUAGUUUCCCAAGUUCCUGUUUCUGGGAAGCUGCAGCAUCGUUAUAAGAGUUUCAAUCUGACAGUUGCAGUCCCAUGGAUUAUCAUACAGGCGUAAAUAAAUUAAAAGAGGCAUGUAAAUAAACACCUCCUCAGACAGGAUUUUCAACUUGUUGUGCUGCAGUAAAAGUGUAGUGAGUUUAUUUAAACCAAAAAAAGCUUCAUCCUCAAUUUUUGAUAUCUCAUUCUGUUGUAAAUCUAGACUUUUUAAUUUUGUGAACUUGGAAAACAUGUUGUUCUUCAGCUUGCGAAUUCUAUUUCUUGCUAGGAGCAUGUGUUUUAAAUCUUCAGGCCAAUCAGACAAUACAAAUGUCAGUUUCCUUUCUUGGCAAUCUAAGUAUUUGUCAUGAAGAUAGGUGUACACAUCACAUGGGGGGCCUGGGGUGUAGCGCUUGACAGUGCCGGAUGCUCUUCUUAAGCCGUUUGACUUUCCAUUAUUUGCUUUGUUUCUUGAACUUCCAUUUCUUGUCUUCCUAAAGUCAGCUGCUUUACAAAAGAAAAGUAGUAUUAUAAUUGUAACCACUUGCAUCCUGACAUCCAGCUGGUCCCAAUUAUUUUGUACAACAGCUGGAACAGUCAGAGUAUUCCUUUGAAAUCUGAGUUUGGAAGCCUUUAACUAGCGUGGUUCUGAAUCAAGGAGGCACAGCAAGGGUUUGAGGAAUCGCUCUGUUGGAAGAAAAGCAGAAUAUUAGUGAGAUAUUACCCUAGAAUUAAUAAUAAAAUAUAAUAAUAAUAAUUUUAUGAUUUAUACUCUGCCUAUCUGGCUGGGUUUCCCCAGCCACUCUGGGUGGCUUACAGCAUAUAUAAAAAACUGUAAAACAUCAGACAUUAAAAAUUUCCUGAUACAGGGCUGCCUGCAGAUGUCUUCUAAAGUUCAGUUGUUUAUUUCCUUGACAUCUGAUGGGAGGGUAUUCCACAGGGCAGGUGCCACUACCGAGAAGGCACUCUGCCUGGUUCCCUGUAACUUCACUUCUUGCAGUGAGGGAACUGCCAGAAGGCCCUCGGAGCUGGACCUCAGUGCCCAGGAUGAACAAUGGGGAUGGAGAUGCUCCUUCAGGUAUACUGGGCCGAGGCCAUUUAGGGCUUUAAAGGUCAGCACCAGCACUUUGAAUUGUGCUCAGAAUUGUACUGGGAGUCAAUGUAGGUCUUUCACAACUGGUGUCCUAAAUUAUAAUGAAUUAAAGCUGACAUUUGAAUAUAUUUUCCAUAAUAAUCAGCACAUUGAAAAUAAUUUUGGCUGUGAUAAUAAUGGUGAGCUUCCCUCCUAAAUGGAGAUAUAAAUAAUUUAUUUAUUAUCAAAUAAUGAUGAUGUCACACACCUUUAUACCUGAUACAGUAUCACCUGAUACAGGGGACUCAGGGAAUGAAUUUGUAAGGGCAUUUAGGUCAACAAAUGGAACCCAAUUAGUUUUGCCAUCGUCUGAUGAUUAUUGGCUUGUAGUAAACAUGGAAGCAUGGCUGAAAUAUGCAAUGCCCCAUCUGUAUUGGCAUUCCAUUAACUCCUGAAGAUUUGUUGUUGUUGUUGUUGUUUAGUCGUUUAGUCGUGUCCGACUCUUCGUGACCCCAUGGACCAGAGCACGCCAGGCACUUCUGUCCUCCACUGCCUCCCACAGUUUGAUCAAACUCAUGCUGGUAGCUUCAAGAACACCAUCCAACCAUCUCAUUCUCUGUCGUCCCUUCUCCUUGUGCCCUCCAUCUUUCCCAACAUCAGGGUCUUUUCCAGGGAGUCUUCUUCUCAUGAGGUGGCCAAAGUAUUGGAGCCUCAGCUUCAGGAUCUGUCCUUCCAGUGAGCACUCAGGGCUGAUUUCCUUCAGAAUGGAGAGGUUUGAUCUUCUUGCAGUCCAUGGGACUCUCAAGAGUCUCCUCCAGCACCAUAAUUCAAAAGCAUCAAUUCUUCGGCGAUCAGCCUUCUUUAUGGUCCAGCUCUCACUUCCAUACAUCACUACUGGGAAAACCAUGGCUUUUACUAUACGGACCUUUGUUGGCAAGGUGAUGUCUCUGCUUUUUAAGAUGUUGUCUAGGUUUGCCAUCGCCUUUCUCCCAAGGAGCAGGCGUCUUUUAAUUUCGGGACUGCUGUCACCAUCUGCAGUGAUCAUGGAGCCCAAGAAAGUAAAAUCUCUCACUGCCUCCAUUUCUUCCCCUUCUAUUUGCCAGGAGGUGAUGGGCCCAGUGGCCAUGAUCUUAGUUUUUUGAUGUUGAGCUUCAGACCAUAUUUUGCGCUCUGCUCUUUCACCCUCAUUAAAAGUUUCUUUAAUUCCUCUUCACUUUCUGCCAUCAAGGUUGUGUCAUCUGCAUAUCUGAGGUUGUUGAUAUUUCUUCCAGCAAUCUUAAUUCCGGCUUGGGAUUCAUCCAGCCCAGAUACCCCUGCUUAAAAAGCAUUUCCCUGAUCUCCUGACUUUCGUCUCUUGUAGUAAUUUGUUUUUAGGAUGGCUCAGGUUAUUUUAUUUUAUUUUAUUAGUUUUUAUUAGGGGGGUUGUGGUACAAAGCAAAUGGAAAAACAGGGAACUGUACAUUUGUUUUCUCCAAGUCAAUUCAUAGUCUUUUUCACAGCUCGUUUACGUUUGGUGAGAGACAUUUUUGUCAGACAUCUUGCAGUUGGGAGAAAGGAGAGGUGAGGAAAGAGAUGAAUAUAUUGUUCUUUCAUUCUGUUGCCUAUUCUUAGUGUAGGGGGGGUUGCGUCAGCAUCACAUGGGUAGGUCCUUUGUGUAUUUAUUUAUUUAUUUAUUUUUAUUGAUAUUGUGGAAGGUUAGGGGUUCCCAAGCUUGCUUGGUUGUGUUUGGUGGUAAUUGUUGUUGUAACUCUUACGCUGUUUUAAGAGGUUUAUCAUAUAUUUUAAUUAUGGGUAUUUUAAUGUAGCUGUUUUACAGUGUAUUUUUAUUUUUGGUAGCUAUAUUUUUAUUCUUGUUAUUUUGCUGUUGACGUUUGUUUGUGAACUGCCUUGUAUUUCUUCUUGAAAUGAAAGCGAGUGAAUGGGAAUUACAUUGAAUUUCAUUUGCCCUUUUAAGCAAGUGUUAAGUGAUGGACACUGGGAAAAGAAAUCCUACCUUCCUGUAUAUGUUAAUAGUCUGAAUUAACAGUGACUACACAGGAAAGAGACCUUGGGUCUUUGUGGAUAGAUUAAUUAAAAUGUUGACCCAGUGUGUGGCACCUUUGAAAAAGGUGAAUUCCACAUUAAAGAUAAUAAUACCCUGUUACUGGUUUACCUGGUGGUCGUUGUGGCCUGACAUGACUGUUGGGCAAGGAGUGGGAAGCAUCAGGAAUCUACCUGAUGUGGCUGGGCAGGAGGGCGGAGUCUGGCAGUGGAACUGGAGUUAGCUAGCACCAUCAAUGGCCAGAGUUGAUGGGAGUCAUAUUGUCUGGUUCCCAGGGAGAAGGGCUUCCGGGGCAGGCCAGAGAAAAGAUUAUGAAGGUUUGGUCCGCCCUUGGAACAUAGAAGGUGGACCUGCCCAGCCUGUCUACUGCCAAUGCUGCUCUUGAACCUCUGGCUUUCCAUAGGCCAGAAGUUUUCCAGCUCUGGUGAACACUGACUGACAGCAGAGUUUCAGAGUCUCCACGGUUUCAUAUUUUUUCCUAGCUCAACCUAGAGAUGCUGGGGAUUGGACAUGGGACUUUCUGUACACAUGCAGAGCAGAUGUUCUACCACUGAGCUUUGCCCUCUCAUGAUAUUAUGAUUCUUCUUAGCCUGCUUCUAAAUAUUUGCUCUACUGCCUUGUCUGGUACAAUACCAUGUUCUAUGAAAAUACUGUCUGGGAUUGCAGCCUAACAGCAUGGGUGGGAAAGUGGCCCUCCAGAUGUCAUUGGACUCCAUUUCAGUGUUUGCUAACACAAUCAGUGGUCAGAGGUGAUGGGAGUCAUGUUCAAGCAGUAUCUGGAGAUCACAGGUUUCUUAUCCCUGGUGUACAGGAUAAGAUGCUGAUUCACUCUGUCCUGUACAUGUAGGCUGCAAUCCUAUACAAAUUUACCUGGGAGAGAGCCCCAUUCACCUCUAGGUUCCAGUGUUAUAGUAAUAUGAUCUAGUUCUAAAACUAAAUGGACAAAGAGGUUUGCCCAGUAGUCUGCAUUAUCUUUUCAUCCUGGAGGCAAGGGGAUCAUAGGAAAGUGAGGCCAUUAAACAAGAUGGCCCCAUAGCAUGGGCUGAGAUGUCACAGGACAAAAUCUUAGUUAAGAAAAAGGCUUAUAAUGUCCCUAUUCACUCAUAGUAUCAACACUCAUUAAGUUUACAUUCUUGACCCAAUCAAGUCUAGGAGCUGUCAGAGGAGUGACAUGCUGUCACAGGCAGCUUGUCCAAGCCUCAGCAGGGUGGCUUAUCUUACUGUUUGAGAAUGUGUGCUAACAGAGCAAUAACUAUAUUCCUUUGGUGAUGUGUGUGUGUCGGGGGGGUGUCCCUGGAAAAAGCAAAACUAUCUUUUAACAAUGAAAACAUUGUGUAAUCCCAAUGAAAUGACAUAUCUCCAGUGUUACUGACCAUUGGUAUAAAAUAUAUUUCAUUCUUUCCCAUUUUGGGUUUAUGUUACUGAAAACUGCUAGAUAUUAGCUGAUGUUUUCAAGUAAUGCAAGAUACUGAUUUGGUGUUAUAUUUAUUUUAGCUCACUGUAAGAAUUUGCAAGACUUAAAUGUCACUGAAUGCCAAGGGUUAAAUGUAAGUAUUCAUACAACAAAUUUGAAAUAGCCUUAAUGUAAUUCAGAUAUAGGAAAUUUUAGUUCUAAUUUUGAUUUCUAGAGAAGACACAACAUUUUUAAAAUGAAAAGCUGUGCUCUAUUUAUGUAGCAUAAUAUGGCUAAAGUCCAAAUAUUACUAAGUUUGAAUAGGAAACCCAUCUGAUUUCAUGGUUUGUAAUCAAGGAAAAGCUGUAUAGACUUCCAGCUUCAGUCUACACUGGUGUGAGGAGCCUCCAGACCAUGGGCCAAAUAUGGACCAGAAACAACAAUUUAAGGAGGCCAUUUUCAAACCGAAAGAGGUCAUUUAUUCUACCUAAAGAUUCUGGUUAUCUUAGUUACAUUUAUAUGUUGUAUUAUGUUAAGAAUGUGGUUACAGUAGAUGAUGCUAAAUAUUAUUAUUAUUGCAUGUCCAAUUUAUUAUCAGAUGUCUAGGUGUGCUGUUGAAGUAUAGUGUGAGCUGAAAAAAUGCAUCUGAUAUAGAGCCAUAUUAUUUACUUUAAAAAAUGAAGCCAAUUUCAUUUAUGAUUUUCUUUAUUGAACAGGAUGAACUAAUAAGGCUUGUAACAGAAGGUUGCCCAGCAAUCCUUUACUUAAAUUUAUCUCACACAGAUAUCACAAAUGGAACACUAAGACUUCUGUCAAGGUAAAAACAAUCUGUUUUAUAAAUAAAUUCUGAAUUUUUGUGUAACAGUAGAAGAAAGAUUCCACCUUUAUAAAGAUCAGCUGCUCUCUCUCGCUGACUAUCACUGUAAUAUGGAAACAAGUGUCCCCCAACUUUUUGGACCAAGAGACACAUUUGAAAUUGUAGGAAACUGCUGUGGGUGCCAGAAAACAACAACAAUUUCACAGCAGAAAAGUUGGCAGUGCUGAGCACCCCCCUCAAAAAAAAAAGGGGGGGGGCAAACUACUACAACCCUUUCCCAAAUAAAACAGUGAUCAAAAAGCAGGGGCAACACCCUCCCUCCAAUAAGACAUUGACCACUGGUUUUGAGAGACUUCAACAUCCCUGCCAAGGCAACUGGCUCUGGGGUGGCUGAGGACUUCAUGGCUGUGGUGGAACUGACAGUAGUAAGGCUUGAGAAUAUGGACUGACAAAAACUUGCAGAGAGGGGACAAGUAGCUGGGCCAGGGAGGUUAUUAUUGCCUCCUUGCAAGAGGGGGUGGUCCUUCCCUGCUUGAAGGAGGCAGUGGUAAAACCACUCCUCACGAAACUCUCCCUGGAUUCAGAAAAUCUGAAAGUCAGAAAGUCAUUACCGGCCAGUUGCUAAUCUCCCCUUCGUGCCCACAAACACAAGAUACCCUCUGAGUCUGACAGAUAAGGGGGCUGAAAAUGACAUGUUCACAGCCCGAUCCUAUAGAUGCACUCAAAAAUAAGUCCUAUUGACUUUCUCCCAGGUAUGUAUGUAAAGCCUCAGUUAUUUGUACUUCUAAACAACAGAUUGGGAAAGGACCAUGAAAUAAAUUUGGUUAGAGCUGAACAGAGCACCAUGAUUACCUUAUUAUACACCUGCAUGCUAAAGAUCUGAUUAGGCACUUUGGAGCUAUUUGGACAAUGAAAGAGAACUGUGUUAAUGGCAUGUUUGAUUUUACUGCAGUUUACCCCAAGACGUUCUAGUUAGUUAGCUAGUUAUUCAUUUAUUUGGAAUAGUUAUAGCUCACCUUUCUAGUUCAAUCAGUUAAGGCAGCUAACAAAGACAGCUAUUUAAAAAUACAGCCACAACAACAACAUUUUAAAAUUCAACAAAUGAUGGACAGUUAAAAUAUAACAACAAACAAAACAAAACAAAAACUUAAGUGGAUAAUCAGCAAAAAGAAUUGCCUAAACACAAAAGUUUUCAGGAGGUAGAGAUGAAGCUGUAUAGAAUUACUGAGGUUAUGACAAAUGUAAAGUAGCUGCUGUAGUUGAGAAAGCCCUCUCACCAUGCAUUGCAUGGGGGUGAUGCACUUCAAAGCACCUCACCUAAUGAUGACCAUGAAUAGGUCAAGGGAAACAGGACCAUGCAGGAGGAGAUUGGCAGAACAAAUCCUCUAUGCCAGUGGUUGCAAGGCUAUACUGGCAAAUUAAAUGCUUAUCAUAUACCAGGGUAAUCAAAUUGAAGGAGGCAGUUUACAUCUUCUAAAGGUAAAUUGCAAUGAAUUUAAUUAAAAUAGGCCAUUAAAUCCAGUUCUCUAUUACUUUCCCUGAAGCUCACAAUGUACCUGAUUAAUCCCCUAAUAUGUGGAUGUAUGGUAAGACACAAUGAGGGAAGGCUAUAAUAGGAAAGUGUGAGAUACUGGACUUCUAAAAGGUUCUUGGCAGGAAUUUCAAAAAUACUGACAAGUCAACCCUUGUGAAACAUCUUCUAGCUGCUUCCCUGCUCCCUUCUGUACUAUGCAUAUACUUUAAGAAUCAUAGACACAACACAAGCUAGUCUAAAUCUUAUGUCUGAAGCUCCCUACCAGUUGUGAAGCAUAAGGCUCCCUGAGUUCAAUGAGACUUCUUGUAUUGGGAACUUGCAGUCUUCCAGAUGUUGUUGGACUAUAACUACCAUCAUCUCUGAUAAUGGGCCAUGUUCACUAGGGCUGAUGACAGCUGCAGUCUAACAACAUAUGGAGGGCCACAUGUUUUCUCUUCAAGUUCCACAUACCUAUCUUGCACCUAGGCUUCACCAGCAGUCAGGAACUGAUCAACAAAGUGGAAGUACGGUGAACAUUGAGAGGAAACAAUAAUGUCCUCUUGGGUUUCAUUAUAUAGAGGCAAGGGAAACCUGAGUGUAGUUGGACAUGCACUGUGGACUUUAAGAAGGCUGAUUUCCUUAACAAACUUGAGGAACUACUGUGUGAGAUCCCACUGUAUAUCAGAAAUACUCAGAGAAGGGAAUCCAAGAUGGAUGGAAAUUUCUUAAAGGUGAAAUAUUGAAGGCACAAGUGCAGAUGAUUCUAACAAGAAAAAUGGGAGGCAUUUGUUGAUAAACAUUUUUAUAAACAACUUGGAUAAUGAAACAGAAGAUCAUCAUCAAAUUUGCGGAUGACACCCAAACUGGGAGGGGUAUCUAAUGCUGUAGAAGUGUUGAAGACAGAAUCAGGAUUGGAGAUUACCUUAACAGAAUGGAGAACUGGGCCCAAACUACCAAAAUGAAUUUCAAUAGGGAUAAAUGUAAGGUUCUACACUUAGACAGGAAGAACCAGCUGCACAAAUAUAAGAUGGGGGACACCUGGUCUGUCAGUAGCACAUGAGAAAAGGUCUAGGGGUCUUAGUAGGCUACAAGCUUAACAGUCAACGGUGUAAUGUAGCAGCAAAGAAGCUAAUGCUAUUCUAGAUUGCAUCAACAGAAAUAUAAUGUCCCAAUCACGAGAAAGUCAUAGUACUGCUCUAUUCUGCCUUGAUCAGACCACACCUGGAGUAAUGCGUUCAGUUCUGGGCAUCACAAUUUAAGAAAGAUAUUGACAAGCUGGAACGUGUGCAGAGGAGGCAACCAAUAUGAUCAAACAUCUAGAAACCAAGCCUUCAGUAUGUUUUGCCUGGACUCCUUCCUUAUGCAUCUCAACUGGUCAUAAUUUGCUUGAAUGAAAUAAAGUACAGUGGUACCUCGGGUUACAUAUGCUUCAGGUAACAUACGCUUCAGGUUACAGAAUCUGCUAACCCAUAAAUAGUACCUCGGGUUAAGAACUUUACUUCAAGAUGAGAACAGAAAUCGUGCAGCGGCGGUGCAGCGGCAGCAGCAGGCCCCAUUAGCUAAAGUGGUGCUUCAGGUUAAGAACAGUUUCAGGUUAAGAACGGACCUCCGGAACGAAUUAAGUACUUAACCCGAGGUACCACUGUAUGUUAUAUAGGCAGUUUGUUAAAUAGCUAAUUUGUUCUUUGUGCUCAUGUUCCUGUGUGUACAUCAGCAAAUGAAAGCUGGGUUAAUUCUUCCUGUGAGCUAGAAUCAGCUCUAGUAGGACAAUCUCCUUAAAUGUCUGAUCUGUAUAGUUUUAUAUCCUUAUGCCUAUUUCUAGUGUCCAAUGUGGCCUAGUGGUAUUUUCAAAGUAGCCUCCAAGUUCAUAAAGCCUUUUCAAAUGCUGACAUUUCCCCCCCUGCAAAAAUAAUAUUCCAUUUAAAUAUAGCUAAAUCAUCUUUUGCUUCUCUGUCUCAGCACUAAUGUGUUUGGACCAGUAUGAAUGAACUUUCUGUUUCCAGCAUACCAUAUUGUAGUUUUCCUAUAUGAACUUUGCAAAAGUUCUAUCGCCUGCCAAGCUAUGUUGUCCUAAUCAUAUUAUCUCCUGCAACCACAAAAAAGAAAACAAGCAAACAGCUCAGAUUGAAAUUUCCUUUAAGACCCCUCCCACAAAACCCUUAGUUUUUGCACCAGUUUCCUGUUGUUGGCAGUCUCAACUAGGUGCAGCUUACGUACUAUGUUAUAUUUUAACACAAUUCUUCAGUAACAUUUAUAAAUCAUACAGUUGGUUAUGUUAUGAUGUUGCUGGGCCAAACAAAGCUCAUUCAUUGUGAGCCUGCACUUCCUUAAUAAACAUUAUCCCCACUUUGAACCCUCCUUUGCUGUCGGUCUGAUUGGCUACACUCAGUCAGGGCUUUGGAGAGAUUCACACAAAAAGCACUGCCACGUGAAUGCCAAGUAUAGGGAAUGCAAUACAUCCCGUAUGUUGAGACACCUAAUAGAGCAUCCCUCCAAGGGAAAUAAAAUGACCUAAAAGGUAACCUAAUCUCCCUUCUCUUUGAAAGGUAUGCACUCACACAAUUUCAUAGAAAUAUAUUGUUGUAAAAAGCUUGUUUCAAUUCAGCCAUGCAUUUGGGACUUCUGAAUACUCAUUUGUUUAUUACAUGGUUAUAUUAACAGACAUCUGAAGUCUAGAAGAACAAAGUAUAAUUAAAACCCAUUGCAGGGAUUGGCCCUAUGACCCUCCAGAUGUUGCUGUGGUACAACUCCCAUCAUCUGUGACCAUUGGCUGCGCUUGGCUGAGACUGAUGGGAGCUGGGAGUCCAGCAACAUCUGUGGGACCACAGCUUCCCAUUCUUGCCAUAAAGAAUAUUAGAUCCUGACUAAUACAAGCUGAAGCAUUUUAACUUUGGCGAGAGAAGAUGAAGUCUGUUACCAUUCAUUGUUACUUGUCAUAAUGAUGUACAUACUGAGAAUAUAAUCCACAGUUUGUACCCCUAAAAAUUAAUGUGCUAUUACUGGAAGAUCUUAGGUGUUUAUCUUCUCACAGAAAAGUUUAUCUGAAUGCUUUACCUGCCUUUUUGUCUUAAUACAAAAAUAAAUAUUUACUGUUUAUAUUUCUUUCCAUAUGUCUUUAAAUUUAACCCUUAUUAUCUGCAAAGUUUUCCCUCUCUUAUUCAUUAAGAACACAAAAGUCCAAGUCUUACAAGCAGUGGUCAUGAUGUCAUACUUUCAUCAUGGUGGGUGUUCCCAGCUUAGCUUUUGCUGACUUGUGAAGUUGCCUUAAAUGUUUUCCUGAACUAAAAUUUGUUGCGGAGCAUGUUGUCUACUCCUAAUCAUACAGUGUAUUUUUUCUUCUGCAAGCUUUCAUUUGUGGUAAUUGUGGCAUUGCAUCUCUUAUUUUAGUUCAACUGCUUUAUAGUUGUAUAAAAUUAAUACUCUUCAGUAUGAUAAUGCCUGAAUAUGUAUUAUAAAAAUGAAGUUGUAGAGAGUUCAGUUUCAGAGUAUUCAUUUGCUGUGUAUAUUGUCUAACCAACUUCCUUUGUCUGUCACUGGAUAUGUUAUAAAGGUUUCCUAUUAAUAAGUCACACAGUGCAGUCCUGUGCAUAUUUACUCAAAAAGUGCCACCAUGCUCAAUGAGGCUUACUUCCAGAUAUAGCAAAGUAUUACAGCUUUAGGUUGUUAUAUGAGCACACAACUAUUUUGUAUUUUUGUUUUGUUAGAAUAGCUGUGUCAAACCUUAAUGGAAACAAUUACACAAGCAGGGAUGGUUUAACAUUAUGUUUAAUUUUUUAUGCUUUUAAUAUCCUUUGAUAGAGUUCUGGUUUUCAUUUUGAACACAAAAAGCUUAAAAAACAAUGUGCAGUUAACGUUACAACUUGGUCCUUAAAAUGGUUGAGAGUCAUAUAUUUCUAAUUUAGUGCAAACGUUUGAGUUUACAACCAAGGAAAAUCAUUUUAAAAUCAGGUUUCAUUUAAGAUGACUUUGGUUCGUGAAUAAUCUUAUUAAACAGUGUAAAGUACAUGCAACAAAGAAAAAUGAAACACAGUUUUUUUUGUAUUCAGGCAAAGUGAAUAUUCCCAUUAAAUUCCAGUAUCCACCCAUGUUCUUAGAAAGCUUUUUAGCUACAGUAUCAAAUUGCACCAGAAAUCUGUAUGCAACAUCUUAGUAACUGACUUCUUCUUUUAUCUGGCACAGGGGAUGCCCCAAUUUACAGUAUUUAAGUUUAGCUUAUUGCAGAAAAUUCACAGACAAUGGCUUACUGUACCUCGGCUCUGGAAGAGGGUGUCACAAGCUCAUCUACUUGGAUAUUUCAGGCUGCCUCCAGGUUUGCAUUUCAGUUUUCUUUUUCAUAUUGUAGCGAAGUGAUUCCUUUAGAGAACUGACGGCACCAAGCACUCAUGGUAUAAUCAAGUAGUACAGGCACUGCAGCAAAGUUUUGAGAGGUUUUAAAUUACAUUACCACAGCUGCUUAAAUUUUCCUGAGGAAUAGCACUAUAGGCUUUUGGCUUUUGUCCAGUGGGCGUCUUUAACUAUAAACAGCCAGUCCUUAUUGCAUAAUGAAAGCAUGCAUUGCUGUUGGAGGUGGACUUAAAACAUGCUUGCUUUGUGCUUUUACUUCCAUAAGUACAAUUUGCAGACAUUAACAAUACUCAAGGGUCCUCUGCUGAGCAAACAGAAAUAAAGCUCCUUGAAAGGGACAGGAUUUCCUGAAAAGGAAAUCAGAUUGUCAGCGAGCUUUCUAAUAUCACUUUCCUUCUUUUGUAAAGUGUAAGUAUGUAGCAUUGUAACAUACUACCACCCUUCCACUAAGAGAGAGAGAAGGAAAUAUAUAGAGAGAGUGUUACACACUCUUUCUCUCUCUCUUGGCCCCCAGCCCCCAACAGUCUUUUUUGUUGUUGUUGCAGGGAUGUGUACAGCUAUUCUUUCAAACUGCUUCAUUUAGGCAGCCCACUGUCGUAUGUGUAAGAAUCUAUACAGUGGGGACAUCCUGUACCAUCGUAACAUAACUUCAAAUUCAUAAAACAAUAAUUGGAAACCAUAGAAGGAUCCUGCAGGUGAUGCCAAGGCACACUUUGAACCUUGCUCCAUUCUCACUAGUGCAGACAUAAAGGUGAAAUAUAAAAGCAUCUAGGAAUGAAUUGCAAGAGCUACUGCAGAAAAUUGGAUUCCUUGGGAAGAAGAGGGGAAAAUAAAUUUAAUAAAUAAAUAAAUAAGCAUUGGAUAUUCCCUUAUUCGAUCCCUUCCCACUAGCACCACAUAUGCAUGCAAAAGACAUAAAUCAAGUAGUAAAAGCAGGUGAAGUUCUCUGCAGAAGAAAGAAAGCUGCCCAGCCAUGCACUCACUUUGCGCGUUAUUUCCCAAUUUCCAGCCACCCUGUUUAGGAUAUAGAGACCUAUUGCACACCCUUCCAGGUCCCCCUCUGUCCUAUCAGCAAUGGUAGGUCACUCCUUUCCAUUUCCAUGUCCCUCAUCUGGGAUCAGGUGAGACUUCAUUGACAAGUUCACAUACCAAACAACCCUUUCCUAAAGAAUUUGCCUCUGUGUUAAAACUGAAGCAACAGCCUCAGUGGUUGCUGGAGUAGUUGAGAGCCUAGAGAAGGAUCUGAGACCUCCUUGGUUUCCUAUCUGCUACUGAGGCUUUUGCAACAGGCCUGUUCCUGUUAUUUAUUUGUUAAUAUUUUUCUUCUACCCCGAAACAGGAUACAAUAAAUCAACAAAAUACAAACAGAACAAAUCUAAACAAAGUGUAAAAGGCAGAAAACCUACAUACUUACCAGACUAUAGAAGCUAUGGUGAAAUGUAAAGGGGCAGGAAUGAGGGUGUUAAUUGAGUGAAGUUAGGAAAUGGAGAUACAGACUGGGUGAAAGGCCAACACAAGGAAGCUAGUGGGGAGGUAAUGGUAGAGGAAAGAGCUUUAAAAUAUAUCCUGCUUGAAAAACAUCUAUGAACCCCAUCUGUGAAGUUUCAAGGGCCCUUCAUUUGCCUCAUAAUAAAAAUAAUUUCAGUAUAAUAAUUUCAAAAUUAAAAUGCACAUCGUAUGAAUACAAGCAGUAUGUGGUUCUUAUCAGUUAAGAAGCAUUGACUUAUAGAGGUUUGAGCUGAAUACUCCUUGGAUAGACCCAUCCUGUCUAUCAGAAUUGCAGUCUCCCUUCCUUAACCAUCACAACAUGGAUCACUUAAAUCAGUGUCACUGGAUUCACUUCAAAAGCUUGAAGGCUACUUCAUAUUUGCCACUUUUCUCCAUAGGGGUAUUCUCUUUAUGGGGGGGGGGAGAGAAUCAUGUGCAUAUUUCGUCAUCAAGGGUCAUAUAUUCCACCAUUAGCACAUGAAUCUGAAAGUAGAAUAAGCAGUUUUUACCAGCUAUGGUGAUUUUUAAACAGGGACCACUUAGCUACAGUAGUCCAUGAAGGACUUUCCUUACACUGGGUCUGGAAGCUGAAACUAGUUCAGAAUGAGGUGGCAUGGCUUGUAAUACCAGUGCUGAGGGAAGUGCACUGUCUUCUAGCAUGCCUCUGGGCCCUUUAGAACUAUAUAGCACAAUGGCAGAAGGUUGCAGAAAGACGGGCAAGAAAACAGGUGUCCUUUUCCUCUUAGUGAAACUUCCCCCACCCUCUGCAAAUCCCAGACAACACUACAGGGUUCCUGUUUCAAGCUGGUUGAAGUCUUAGAAGAACUUUGCAUUAUAAUGAAACAUCAAGUUGUAGCUGUGCUCCACUUAUUUUAAUUUCUAGUCAGUGUGUUUUUGGAUAAAAAAUGAGGUACUGUUACUGAUAUAUUGAUAAUGUAAUAAUAAUAAUCAUCAACAUCAUCCAAUAGGAUGUUAAAAACACAAUAAAAAAAUCAAUCAUUAAAAACUUCCCUAAACAGGCCUGCCUUCAGAUGUCUUCUAAAAGUCAGAUUGUUGUUUAUUUCCUUGACAUCUGAUGGGAAGGCGUUCCACAGGGCGGGCGCCACUACCGAGAAGGCCUUCUGCUGUGGGUGCCAGCACAAAAUGGACAGCAAAAAAGGGGGGGAGGGGAAGAUGCCAGUACUCCAUACCAGUGAGUAUUAGACUGUCACAGAAAAAGCUCUGCUUAUGCUUCACAUGCCAGAUUUCUUUUGUUGGGUGUACUUGCAACUGAUUGCUUUCUCUCUCAUUGUAUUGAUUUUUAGCAGAAAAUAUGGACAUAUUUCAGAACUAGGGUGAAGAAUGGCUUAAUAAUCUAAUAAAUUUUAUUGGCCUGCAGUGAGACAUGAGACCCAGGAGAUAGAAUAAUAAUUUACCGUAUUUUUUGCUCUAUAAGACUCACUUUUUCCCUCCUAAAAAUAAGGGGAAAUGUGUGUGUGUCUUAUGGAGAGAAUGCAGGCUGCGUAGCUAUCCCAGAAGCCAGAACAGCAAGAGGGAUCGCUGCUUUCGCUGCGCAGCGAUCCCUCUUGUUGUUCUGGCUUCUGAAAUUCAGAAUAUAUUUUUUUCUUGUUUUCCUCCUCCAAAAACUAGGUGCAUCUUAUGGUCUGGUGCGUCUUAUAGAGCGAAAAAUACAGUACAUUGCUGGUGGUAAACACAAUUUUGUUGAAGUGAGAACUUCCAAAAGUUGAUGUAAAGUGGUCGGGAAACAGGCAGUUGUUGCUGACCAUCUGACUGCAGGCAGAAUAGCCAGCCAGCUUGUCACCAAUGAAAUACCCAGAUUGGGAAACUCUAUUAAGGGGUGACUUAAUGUAACAGCUGUACUGGAUCAGACCAAAGACCCAUCCAGUCCAGCAUCCUGUUCUCAUAAUCACCAAGCAGUUGCCUAUAGGAAGCCCCCAUGCAGACCUGAGCGCAGCAGCACUCUCCCUACUUGUGAUUCCCGGCCACUGGCAUUCAGAGGCACAGUGCCCCAACACUGGAGGUAGAAUGUAGCCAUCAUGGCUAGUAGCCACUUACAGUCUUGUCUUCCAUGGAUUUGUCUAAAUCUCUUGAAAGCCGUCCAAGUUGGCAGCUGUCAUUACAACUCCAGAUAACAAAUUAUAUAGUUACUAUGUGCUGUGUGAACAAGUACUUUAUUUAGUCUGUCCUGAAUCUUGCAACAUUUCACUUCAUUGGAUGCCCUCAGGUUCUGGUAUUAGAGAAGGAGAAAAACAUCUCUCGGUCCACACCACGCAUAAUCUUAUAUAAGUAUGUCAUGCCCCCCUUAUUAUUUUCUUCUAAACUAAAAAGGCCCAAACAUUGCAACCUUUCCUCUUGGAGUAGUUGCUCCAGCCUCUUGAUCUUUUUGGCUGCCCUUUUCUGAACUUUUUUUCCAGCUCUUCAAUAUCCAUUUUUGAGCUGAGGUGACCAGUCUUAUGACUGCAGGCUAUGCAGGUCAAUCUCAUAUUCACCUCUUCCCCCCUCCCAAUUUCCAACUAAUCUUCAAAGCAGGCUGAUUUCCCCCAAGCCUCUGACCCUUUAAGGCGACUCUCUGAAGCCAGUUUGGCACGCACACAAGCAUUUUGUACAUACACACACAGACUGAGAGCUUCAACCCCUCUGGAGGCUUCACCUGGGGCAAAAACCACCGCUAUGGCACUGCUGAAGGGGGUUGCCGGAGACUAGCACUCCUUACUCUCAACCUAAAAUCCUUCAGUGAUGCAAAAGCACCACUGAAGGCCAGGAGCUCCUUUAGUUUGCUCAGCUCUACUGCCAAACCACAAAAAGCUCCAGCAAGUCUACAAUUGUGGGCAACUGAGAGAUGUUGCUAAUACUAGGCGUAGUGUAAUCACGGAAGCAAAUUGUUUCCAGCCUAGUUGAAAACCCAGCUGAUAAGUUUCUAAAAUUUUGUACACUAUAAUUUCCAUAUAUCUAUUUCCAGCAUAGGAGGAAAAUACCCUACUGAUUUAACGGGGGUCAAAGCAGCCUGGAGAGAGACUUAAUACUGUGCUAUGUUCCAGAAUAUAGUUGUUAUUCGCAGAUAGGGUUGGCUCGCCCCAAGACAGAGUCAGCUGGCAAUGUUCAGGCCACCUCACAUUUCCUGGAGGCUGUAGGAGGCAAAGUGUCAUCACAGCAAUGCCUCUGCGGGCAUAUCUGCCAGACUGAUUUGAACACCUGGCAUGAUGGCUCUUCUAGCGGCACUAAUCCAAAAAUUAGAAAAUCUAUGUAGGGGAGUAGGAGUAACAUUAUGGAGUGUUCUGCCUAUUCUUAUCUAUAAAUUAAGCUUCGUUCAAAGCUAGGAGGCCCUAAAUGGCAAUAAUUCCAAUAUGUGGUCCAUUUUAUGUUUAACAGAAAUAUUUUCAUUCAAGCCAAAAAGAUGUAUUAUAAUGUACAACUUGGGCUGCAAUUUGUGCAUACCCAUGAUAUACACACAUGAUAUAUACACAAUUCUGUAGCAAAAUCCAUUGUAUAUGUUAAUAGCUGUUGAUAGGACACCAGUCUUAGUCCAACUGACUAGACAUUGCCCAAUUAGUUCCACAUAUCCAGAGGGGAUUUGGACUUGAGUUUUUUCCACUACCACCACAACCCCACAUAUACUACAAAGCCAACUGCUUUUAGAAUACUGUGGAGUUUCAGAAGUACUUCAUGAAAUAGUACAGGGAACAGUUGUUGAAAAAGCAAAUAUUGAAAGUGACAAUUAUAUUGAUUUUGUUUGUUCCAAAGCAGCUACAAUACAGUUUUUUGCCAACUCUCAAAGGAUAUGAAUAUGAAUUAAAGGAUGGUUGUUACCAGUAAAUAUCAAGUCAAAUGUGCUUUCUAAAAUAAUAAAAUAGGUUGGGAUUGGGAAGUCCCAGCCAUGAAAAAAAUAAAUUGUUAAUACUCCCAAUAAGAACAGUGGUCUUUUUGUGUGUAAUAAUUACAAUGUAUCAGAAAACAAUAAUCAGAUUUUCAACUAGUUUCUUGCCGACUUCUUGGAAACAGUUUCAAUUUAAAAGGGAAGAAAGAUAACAUAAGGAAACAUGGCUCCAGAUUUUCCCAGUCCUCAAGAGUUUCUAAGCUUACAUUUCAGGAAAAGUCCGGAAACUGAUAUUUUGAGGAGCUUGUUGCAGUUCUUCAUACAUUUUCUAUAGUGAUUAGUUAUCUUUUCGCAGCAUGAAUUAGGAAUGCUGUGUUUAAAUUAAUAACAUCUGAAUGUACUUUCUCAAGGAGCAUUCACCCCCUGGGAAUUGUUCAACAUGACCUUCUGUCCUCUUGUGAACUGUUUCCUAUGCCGAGAUAGAAAAUGGCACAAAAGCUGGCAUCUAAUUCUUAUACCAUGUGAAAGAUGAUAUGUUAUCUUUAUUUAAUAAAUUUGCAAUUUGGCAGUGGUUCUUACAUUCCACUAGAUUUGCAUCAUUCAGGCAGCCCAGAGAGAACAAAACCAAGAAAGAAUGUGUUACCUAAGGCAAGUUAUUUAUGGAAGCAAACUAGCUAUUGUUAAUAGUCCAUAAAUUAGAAAUGCAUGCAACUAAGAUAUUUUGUAUGCAGCGUGAAUUCAGUACAGUAGAGCAAAGCUAUAUGGAAGCCUUUUAAGCUGGAUAUUUAGGCAUCUUUGUAGGCAUACUAUAGAUAUUCUUGAGCAAUUGGUGGGGAAGCAGAGAGGCAGAAGUUAAAACGAUGGGUAUCACAUAUUUAUUUGCUAUAUGUCAUUUGAAAAUAAGAACUGUGGAGUUUGUGCCUUAAAUAAGUUUAUAUUUUUGUGUCUUCUCUAGCCGGUCCCCCACAUUUAUCAUUCUAAAUUUACUUCUUCCUUCCAUGUCUAAAAUAAAUUCUAAAAUUCAAUGUUACUGGCUACUUUCAAGUAAGCUUCUACUUAUGGCAUUAAGCUUACUCUUCUUUUCUGAGCUGUUUUUAAAAUUUGGAGUCCUAGCAUACUUAUUUUAGUGUUCAUGUUGACAUUGAAAAUAAGCCCAUGGAUGUUAGUAGCUGGCUAAGAGGCUAGUGUCCUGAAUGUCCAUUCAGGCAGCAAAGGAGAGAAGGUACCCCCCUCCUCCUUUGUGGCUUGCAUGGAAAUACAGGCUGUCAGCAUCUUGACAGGCUAGUAACAACAGCAGCAACAAUAUCUUCUUCCAAGCUGAUUGAAGGUAUCAAGCCAUCCCAUUCCGUCUCCACAUGCUUACUUAGUUUCCAUGUUGGUUGCAGAAGAAGGGCUUGUUCUUCCUCCAUGACCAAUUCAGAAACCAAAUGAGCUGGCAGAGGAGACAAAGUGCCACCUGUUGCUUAUCUACCUGCCCUGCUCACUUGCCAGCAUGGAAUUUCAUUCACUCACUGGCAGUGACUUCCUGGUCACCUACGUCUAUCAGUUGUUAAAUAUGAAGUUGACUUAUAGACCUUCAAAAACUUGGAAGAAUUGUAUUGGUGCUGCCCGAUCUAGAAUUAUUGAAUUUAAAAAUUGGUGCUGGGAGGAAAGUGAUCUAUCUCUCAGCUGCAGUGAUACUAAAGCUACAGUUCUAAGCACGCUUACUGGUGAGUAAGUCCCACUGAAUAUUCAUAUUACUAUAUCCUUUUUUAUUCAUUUACAUCCUAUCCUUCCUUCCUAAGAAGCCCAGGGCAGCAAACAUACUAAUCAUAUUAAUCUUAAAACAGUUAUAAAACAUUCUAAAAACAGUUUUAAAAGAGUUAUAUGCUAGUAUUAAGAGCAAUUUGGCCUGGCAGCUCACUGGCAGACAAUGCAGUGCUUUCAGGGCCAGUGACACAUGGUCCUAUCAGCUGCCCUACUUACUUACUAGCCCUAGUAGCUGCUGCAUCCUGCCCUAAUCGCUCUCUGGUGCUCUUCAAGGGCUGCUCCACAUACAGCACAUUACAUUAGUCCAGAUGGGAGGGCAGCAGUGCAUGGACAACUGAGGCCAGGCCAUCCUGAGCUAGGAACGGUCAAAGCUGGCAAAUCAGCCUUAGCUCAGCAUAAGCGCUCUUAACCACAGAAGCCACUCCAGGGAUAAGUCUGAAUCCAAGAGUCCUCCCAGACUACAAACCCGUUCCUUCCAAAGGAGUGCAAUCCCUCCCAGGACAUGUCAUACACCUAAAUUCUUGGUGUGGGAACCACCCAUUCACAGCACUUACAGAUUAUCAGGUCUCAGCCUCAGUUGAUUAGCCCCCAUCCAGCCCUUCUCUGCCUCUAAACACUGGUCCAACACCUUCACAGCUUUCCAUGGCUUUCCAUAUGUUAUUGGACUCCAGUCACAUCAGCCCCAGUCAGCAUUGCCAGUGGGUGAUGUAUUCCAGCAAUAUCUAAGGGCCACUGAUUUCCCAUGUAGCAACAAACGAUGUCUUGCCAUGAUAUUGGAAGGCAGGGAAAGUUUGGGGAGGAGUGGAUUAUGCAAGCCCAAGGUCCACUCAUUUAGCUCCAAACUAUAAUUUUGUGUUAUAUCUGAAUGAGCCUUUAGUGGGAAGAACAUAGAAGGGCAUUCUCUAUAGGACCUAUUUAUUUAACAUAGGCUUCAUUUGAACUUUAAAUUUUUAUUAAUUUUCCUAGACUUCUUAACCAGAAAUAGCAUGCAUUCAUAAAGGCAUUGCUAUGUAUAGGAUUAACUUUCCAAAAUUAAUAUUUAAAUGGAAAAACACGUUUGACAUGUACACAUAUACCCAGUAUUUAUGAAGCUGGGAAAUACUGUGAAUCUGGAAUCAGACAUUUUCAGACAGACUGUUUUCUUAUAGAUUCUCUUGAAACAAAUCUUCUUUUGUUCCAGAUAAUAUAUUUUGUAGUUUUCCUUUACUAGCUUGAAAAUAAUGUAUAAUAAUUUUCUCAUAAUAUAGAUGUUAAUAAUGAUUUUCAGUACUGGCAUACAGUUCAUGUUUUCUAUUAAAAAUGUUUUUAAAAAUCAGCUCACAGUGGAAGGCUUCAGGAAUAUUGCUGACAGCUGCAGUGGUAUCAAACACUUGAUUAUUAAUGAAAUGCCCACUCUAUCAGACAGAUGUAUUCAGGUAAGAAACCGAAACGGACAUAUAUUUGUUUUGUAAACAUAUAUUCUGUUAAUUUCCAGACAUGAAAAAUCCGGCAUUUUACAGCAAAACUAAAGAAAACUAUUCUAGAAGUUAGCUCUAUCUUGGUUUCGUUCCUAGCCAGAUUAAAAACAAUAGAAGCCACAAUGGCUUUUUACUGGUAAAGUAACAAUGUUCUUCUUUUGGAAUGACCCCACAACCGAGCAGUCCCACAACUGGCAUAUUAGAUAGGGACUCUGCAUCUACCACCUGGAAAAGAAUGAAGCAUCUGAGGAUCAGGGUCCUCUUCCCUCCACUAGAAUGCUAUGCGCCAUGUAGGGCAGGCGAUACAGUCUAAUUUUCCUGCUGAAAGAAAGGAAAAUUCCCUUUCCCCAUUCCCUUACUUUUUUUUGUUUUGCCAGGCAGCAGAUACAAUGAAAGAGGGUGGAAGUUUACUCUUUGAAAUCACUGUUCCACCCCUGCUUCAUCUGGCUGGGAAGGAGAUAUAAAAAAGUGCUCCCCUUUACAUAGGAUGACUGCACUGCUUCCUUCUUUUUUGGGAGCCUUGCAUGAAACAAACGGAUAAAGCUCUCUACCUCCAUUUUCACUUUACACAGAGCCUCAUGGGGAUUUCCGUAUUGUUACAGGCCCGCUCAAUCCUAACCAAGCCAUGCACAGGAUUGCGGGGGUCUUUGCCCUCAACCAGGGUCUGUGCUCCUUUGGGGCACUGAAGACACAGUGGAGACUGUCGUAGCUUUAAGAAAUAUGUUUUAUUCACAUAUUUACACCUGAAUUUAGAUGGAGGGAGUCCAGAUCUUACAGCAUGGUCAUCUCAAGAAGGGCUUAUUCCCUGCACCAGUGCAGCACUGGAGUCCAAGGCAUCUCUCCCAGCCUGCCUUCAGCCAGCCUGCCCAAGAUGGACCUCUCUCUUUUCUCUCUCCCUUCUUCUCUCUAGUACACCUUGCUAAAGACACUGUUUUCCUGCCACCUGCCACACUAACCCAUUCACUUUGGCAGACUCUUUUUAGACUCUUCUUCUUAGAUGGGCCAUCAACCCCUUUUUUCAUGAUAGCGGCUUGGCUUAUCCCUGGCUAGCUAUGUGACGCUGCCUCAGCUUGUGAUCCUAAACUGAAUGCAACAGCCCUUGGUUUAGUUUUAAUUAAUCAAACUUUGCUUCAUGAAUUUAUAAGUUUGAUUAAAUUCUAGCUCUUUACUGAAUCUUUCCCCCAUACUCAUAACAAUAUUAUUUUACUUAUUUUUAUUUAGGAAUGAAUUUGGAUAGCGAUAUUUGACAUCUGAAUGAUAUGAGAUUAUGGUAUAUUGUAUGAGUCCAAUCCCCCAGUAAUCCAUAACAGCUAAUAACCUAUUACUGUACUGUACAUAUUUAAUCAGAAGAUGAUUUCAGAUGAAUUUACCUACAAUCCAAUUUGAAUCAGAUUGUUAAGCACUCAGUAAUGCAAUAUAUAUAUAUAUAUAUAUAUAUAAACUAAUGGGUGUGUCAUUUUUAUCAAACGUUUAACUUUAUGCAGAGAUAUGUUUCAAUUUUGCAGCAGUAGUCUAACAGUAGCUACUAAGAACAAUAUCAGAAUUGAUGUGCCAUUUUUACUUCUUCAGUUAUUAGUAUUCAGUUGGAUAUGAGAGGAUAGAAACUCCAGCAUUUGUUAUUAUAAAAUGUAUAUUUUCCACAUAAAAUACAAUGCAUUUGAAACCUGCGUAUUUUCUCUUAAAGGCUUUAGCUGAAAAAUGCCAUCAGAUUGUGUCUGUUGAAUUUAAUGAAUCCCCACAUGUUUCUGAUGCAGCUUUUAAAGCACUUGGUAAAUGUAAACUUGUCAAGAUGAAAAUACAAGGUUAGUGAUGACAUAAUAUAAUAGUUCCUGCAAAAUAGUUGUAUGUGCUACCUUUUUACCAUGGUGUUGGCUCUUUGACAUAAAUAGACGUGUGCAUAAGUAGACACGCUUUUUGUGACUGAAAAAGCUAUUGACUUCAGGCCAAAUGUAACCUAAUUGUUGUUUUGUGAUUUCAAUAGGGAGUAAUCAGAUUACUGACCUAACUUUCAAACUCAUAAGCAAAUCCUGGCCUCAUAUGAAACACCUUUGUGUGUCUGACUGCCAGAAGAUAACAGAUUUGAGUCUCAAGAUGAUUGCACCGCUGCCUGAUAUUGUUGUACUGAAAUUAUCAGAUUGCAUAAGGUAUUGCGUUACAUUCAAAUGACUGUGUGGGUUAUUCAUUUUAACAAAAUUGCAAAUUAGCAAAAAAAUGUGUUAGCCUCCAUGCACACAGAACAGAGAAAAGGUCUGUGCCCCACUGUAACACCACAAUAUGCCAGACCAGGGGUUGGCAAGGUUUACCUCGCCUGGACCAGUUCACUCCAGCGGAGAUCCCUCCGUGGGCCGGAUUGCACCCGCGAUUUCCGGCGUCUGCGCAGACACGAUUUCCGGCAGCACAAAAGCGAGUCCCCGCUCCGCACUGCGCUGGUUUAGCGCAGCAUGCGGGGACUCACCGAGUGGGUGGCUCAGUUCGGGGGUGGCUCGUGGGUCGGUUAAACGACCCCCAUGGGCCGCUUGUGGCCCAUGGGCCUUAGGUUGCCUACCCCUGUGCUAGACCAACCAGCACAUUAUAUUUGUAGAACAGGACAUCAACAGCUUCCUUCCCUAGAUGUAGUGCAGGAACAGUGAUAAAAUGUAGACUUCAACAGAGGACAUGGCAGAGACAACAAGACUGGGGGUGGUGUGGGCAAGUGUCUACCAGUUAAAUGCAUUACAGGACCACUCUAGUAAAAGCAUCAUAAAGCUACCCAUUUGAGUGAGACAACAAGAACCACUUAUUUUUGUGUAGUCCUACUGAAGUUAGUGGACUACUGUUCAGUAAAUUAUUUCAAUUUAGUGGGUGACAUUCCAUACAUGGGACGCGGGUGGCGCUGUGGGUUAAACCACAGAGCCUAGGACUUGCCGAUCAGAAGGUUGGCGGUUUGAAUCCCUGCGAUGGGGUGAGCUCCCGUUGCUCGGUCCCUGCUCCUGCCAACCUAGCAGUUUGAAAGCACGUCAAAGUGCAAUUAGAUAAAUAGGUACCACUCCGGUGGGAAGGUAAACGGCAUUUCCAUGCGCUGCUCUGGUUCGCCAGAAGCAGCUUAGUCAUGCUGGCCUCAUGACCCGAAGCUGUACGCCAGCUCCCUUGGCCAAUAAAGCAAGAUGAGUGCCACAACCCCAGAGUCGGCCACGACUGGACCUAAUGGUCAGGGGUCCCUUUACCUUUACCUUAUUCCAUACAUACCAUCCUUGUGUUUGCAAUAGAAAUCUACUUGUGUAGUGGGAUUUUGGGAUUCUCUUCUCUCUUUCAGUCUCCUGUGUGCUUCUGACCAUAUGGAGUGGAGGGACUGCGGGAGGCAGUGGGGAGGAAAUGGAAGUCCUGUUGAAUGAAUGGAUUACUGCUCACACUAUCUUGACUCUCACCCACAGUGAGAGUCAUAGGUGUCAACUCCCCAGAGCCUGGGUGCCUGAGUACCCACAACUUUCAGUGCCAGGGCCAUGCAAGCUGCAUGGCACCCACGGCCCCAGGCACCCACGGUCAUGGAGCCAAGUUGGCACUCCUGGUGAGAGUCAAGUUUUGGAAGUAAGUCCAAUUCAUUUUAAUAAGACUUCAUUCUCAGAGAACAUGGUUCAUUCAGGCUGGUGCCAUUUAGCUACCAGAUGGAAGCAGGUUUCCAACAAUCUCAUUGUUUAGCUUGUAGUUCUGAAAAAAACUAGCAUUGUAGCACCCACUUUUGUAAUAGAUGCAGAGACAAAUAUUGACUGCUGCAUAGUUUAGUUAUAGAUGAUCUUGCAUUCAGAUGCUAGUUUUUAGGACAUUAUUAGAAUUGUGACAUAUAUCAGAUAACUUAUUUUCUAUUUGUUUUAGAAUCAGUGAUGGAGGACUAAAAGCAUUUACUGAUGGUGCUUCAGGCUCAAAUAUACGAGAACUCAGCUUGGCCAAUUGUUCCUAUAUCACUGACAGUGCUAUCACAAAAAUAGCCCACAGGUACCAUAAUGCCAUAUAUAUUAUUUGUUUGGUGAAACGUAACAGAUACGUUUCAGGAAUGUUGCUUCAAAAUUCUUGUUAAAAUCAAUCUUGUUUCUGAUAUCUAGCUUAGGAAAAGAUGUUGUGCAUAGUACAUACAGCAAAGUGAGUUGUUGUGACUAAGCCCUGUUGAAAUCAAUGGAAUUCACAGCUCAGUUGUAAUGUUUUAGGAGUCAUUUCAAUGGAGCUUCUUAAGAACUGUUCAUAGAAUUUAGGUUGGAAUCCAAUAAUCACCUGUGAAUAAGCCCCAUUGAACUCAGCGAAUCUUACUUCUGAAUAGACAAGCACAGGACUAUAAAUAAUUUAACCGUGAAUCACAUACCCAUUAAUGUCUCAGCUAUUUUUUUCUGUCACUUUUUGCAAAACUGACAACUUAAAAAUGAUUCAUAGGAUUCAGUGUUCAAAAUUUCUGAUAUUCUACAAGUGUUUAGAAAAUUAUUUUUCUUCCCUAAUACCUGUAGAUAAUUUUAUUUAUUGCUGGUUUUUAUAUGGCUGUGUGUGUGUAUCUAUAUUUAUGCAUAAUUUGUUUUUCGUUAUAAUUAUCAGAUAAUCAAAACACAGAAGUUUUGUUUUGGGGAUCCAAAAGGCCAUAUAAAUUCUAUGUAUCAAAUAGGCUUUGGGCUUAUGUUCUUUGAGUAUACAUGGCAAACUACUUUUGAAACUCUGAGAACGUCUCAAAACAGUUGGAAGGGCAGGUGGGGUGGGAGUGGGGGUUAUUACUCAAAGGGAAAAGAGAAAAAUUCCACUGGGUAUAUGCAAGUCCCAGGCAUACCUGAAGUUGCUUUUUUACAAUCAGUGUCUGUGUUCUAGUACCUAAUAAUAAUGACAAUUUCUAUUUAUUGAAAAAGGAUCUACUUACUGGUCUCCUUUGGCUAAUUUGUUCCUGCGAAUGUUCCAUAUUUUAUUUUGAAGCUGAGAAUGCCUGACAUGAACAAAACUGUCAAAAGAGGAAAUGAGAAAAGCUUGAAAAAACAUUUUACAUGUUUUUAAAAUACUGAACAGGAAUAGUGAGGCAGGCUACUAUACAGCCUAACACUGAAGUGCCCAAUAACUAAUUUAAAACAAUAUUUAUAGGAUGGUCUUAGUUAGUAUCUUAGGGUAUCCUGUUUUGUGAGCAGGCAAAUGAACAUUUUUAUUGUAAUUUUGGAAGUGUCCUAUGAAAACCUAAGCCAAAAGUUGCACAGGUAUGGCAUAAUAAGAAAAGAAAUAACAAGAUCUAUUGUUUUUUAAGGUGCCACAAUCUGAUUUAUCUGAAUCUGCGUUAUUGCCAAUCUGUGACGGAUGCUGGAAUUGAUGCUUUAACACAGAUCUCCUCACUUGCAUAUCUUAAUAUUUCUGGAAUUAAUGUCACAGACCAGGUAAAAAUGAAAACACAAAAGCAUGGCAAUGUGUUCCUGUAUGCUCUUAAUAUUGCUGUGCCAGCAAUUUCUGUGAGUCACAGUGAUAUUUUCUGUAUUAUUCUCAAUUUCUUUUCUUAAUUCUUAACAUCCUCUUUGCCUUUUGGUCACUGUAGCACAUUGGAAGGAACAAGAAAUAGAACAGCAUUCAAAAAUAAGGGAUUACCUCAAGAUAAUAAUAUGAGCUAAAUAGGAUAAACUGUAAAGUUUGUGGGUUGGGUUAUUGAAACAUGAGAUAACUGGGGAAAUUGUUUUUUAUUAAUCUAAUAAUGUUCAUGCUAAGGUUCUUCAGUUAACACAACCAAUCUUUCUUACAUGUUCACUGUUGACUUAUAAAGGUUUGAGACCAAGUAUACACAGCAGUAGCAAAACAGAGUCUCUUUGGAGUGCAAGGCAUGGAAGAUCAUGGAACUAAGACUAGUUCAUGACUUACAGUAUUGAAAUAUUGAUAUCUGUUACCCCAGAGGCUUAAUACAGCCAUUUUAAAGCUUAUUUCAAUAGUUCGAGAAACUAUUGAAAGUACAGAUAGCAGCAUAUGGCGACAAGGAAGUACAGUCAAUGGCUAAACUAGAUGUGAUGUUAAUUGUAUGAAUGCAACAAUGUGAACAUAUUUUAAAAUAUAGAUUACAGUCAUGCGGUGUCCUGAGUAGCAUUGGGACUGUAGGAGGUAGGUGUUUUCUCCUUCUCCUGUGAAACACCCUCCCUUUCGAAAUUGCUAUUUGCAUUCAGAGGGGAGUUUAUUUUUGGUUACUGUCCUCCCCACCACCUGAGGGUCUGAUGUACACUGUUUACAUUUUAAAAACCAUAUAUGUUAACUGGAUAUAUGGGAAACCAUGUUCAAUUGUCUUAACAAAGUUGAUAAAAUGAUACCAUGUCGUAUAGAAGGGGUAAGUCCAGGGGCGUAGCUAGCUCCUCCGGCACCCUUUUGUGAAAUGGCCACUUUGUCCAUAAGCAUAAUGCCCCAUACUUGCAAAAUCCAGGCUUCAAAAGAUUUGCAUUUAAAGUUUUCUCCCUCCCCCCUUUUGCAAUCACAUAUUUAGUUGCAGUUAAUAAAUGGAGGGUGUGAUUCAUUCUAGUGUUAUGUGCAAACCAGCACUUGUGAUUGGUCUCUUUCCAGACAAACCUUGAGCUGUGAGCCAAGAACAAAUCUGUUCAAUCAUAGUAAGCCACAAACCAUGCCUUAUUGUGAUGUAUGAACCAGCUCAGUGAAGCACUUUAUCUGUCUAUCUAUCUCUAUCUAUCUGUCUAUCUAUCUAUCUAUCAUCUAUCUAUCUAUCAUCUAUCUAUCAUCUAUCUAUCUAUCUAUCUAUCAUCUAUCUAUCUAUCUAUCUAUCUAUCUAUCAUCUGUGUUUUUAGAACAAGUCUGUUUUACUUUUAAAAACAGCCAUUUCUCUUAGUUUUCUCUUUCCCUUGUGGGAGAUGGAAAGCUGUAUUGCAUUUAGGGUGUCUUUUUAUACCUGUCAUGCAAAGGUCAUGUAAGCUCUUUUCUAACAUUCUUGUGCCUUAAGUUUUUCAUUAAAAUGGAUGUAAGGAUGUUUGAUCUUUCUAGUGGCAAGCAUGCUUCAGUUCAGAAAGAUAUCGUCCUGAGGGCUCUGGGAGCAUAAAUAUCUAAAAAUAAGUUUUGGAAAAAAAUACAUCCUACAUACUAAUAACUUUCUAGCAUACUUUGUUGACUUAAACAAGAAACAAUGUUUAUAAUUUGAAUAAUAUGCAACAUAUGAGAUACUAAAGAUAAGAAAUAUUCUUGCUAUGUGGAAAUUAAUAUUUUGCCAUGACCCUUUUUCUUGAAAAAAUAACUGUACUACAUUUAUUCAGUGUUUACUGCACUUUUAUUUUGGCUUAUAAUCAAAGACACAGUGAAAUACAAGAACUGAUACAUUACUAAAAGCAAAGGGCUCAGAAUGGAUGUCAUUGUCGUAAUUGUCACAGUGGAGGCUGUAUAUUUUAACACAAUCAUAUCGCAAUAUUGUUUGCCUUUGGAAAAAUUAAUUAUCCAGCCGUAUUCAAAAUCUACCCCUCCCCUAAUCAUUUUCAACUGGCUAGUCUUCCAACACUGCUGACCUUUUUCUUUUUCAUAUGUCUUUUAAAAAAUUCUUAACAAUAUACAGUAUUUAGGAACACACUUGUCAAGAUGGCCCUGCCAAAGGUCCCAAAGAUUCUCAGAACCUCUUAUCUUCAGAGGCACUCUGAUAGGAUCCUUGCUUGGAAAGUUUGGUUGCCAUAUUUCAUCACAGGAUCUCUUUAUAUUUAUAUUGUACAUUCUCCAGUGGACAGUAGGACAUCCCCAAAUGGAAUAUUAAGUUACUCCCAUUUCGCAAGGCAGGAAAAUGUCACCACUCCAAUGGAAUCUGUUUGCCCCCUCCCUUGGAGUGGCAGUUCAUUUUUACUGCCUAGUUUGACAUAGUAUUACAUUAGCCCAGCUCUCGCGAUCUGCAUUCUAGCCAAUAAUUUCAUCAAUUUCAAUAAUUUCAGUAAUUUAAUCAAUUUCAUAUUUUCAAUUACCUUUGUGCACGGUGUGACUGCUGAAGUGAUUGCCUGAGAGUGUCAUUUUAAUUAUUUACUUCAAACCAAUUAUUUGGAGUGUGUGUGAAACUAUACAUUUUCUUCCUGGCUGUGGCUUUAAUUUCCUUUCUGAGUUGAGAGAAAUCAUAGUGGUCAGUAUUUUUAACCUGAAUGCCCUAUCUUUAGGCAUCUAAACUUGUACUGAUGUAUCAAAACAUAGGGAUUGACGUCCAGAUGUACUGAACACGUAAGCUUUCCUUUGAUCUUAUAUCCUGUGAAAAAUUGAGCUGCUAAUUUUAAUAAAGCACAACAUCUGAAUCAAAUUUGGAGACUCAUUGUUGCCCAAGGCAAUAAAGUAAAGAUAUGUAAUACAAGUAAGGGGACUCACAUAGCCUUGUGGGACAUAUUUUGGAGAAUAAUAAUAAUAAUAAUAAUUUAUUAUUUGUACCCCGCCCAUCUGGCUGGGUUUCCCCAGCCACUCUGGGCGGCUUCCAUAGAAACCAAAAAUACAGUAAAAUAUCACACGUUAAAAACUUCCCUGAACAGGGCUGCCUUAAGAUGUCUUCUGAAUGUCAGGUAGUUGUUUAUCGCUUUGACAUCUGCUGGAAGGGCGUUCCACAGGGCGGGCGCCACUACCGAGAAGGCCCUCUGCCUGGUUCCCUGUAGCUUUGCUUCUCGCAAUGAGGGAACUGCCAGAAGGCCCUCGGCGCUGGACCUCAGCGUCCGGGCAGAACAAUGGGGGUGGAGACGCUUCUUCAGGUAUACUGGACCAAGGCCGUUUAGGGCUUUAAAGGUCAGCACCAACACUUUGAAUUGUGCUCGGAAACGUACUGGGAGCCAAUGUAGGUCUUUCAAGACCGGUGGAAAAGCCUAAGGAGGAAGCCCUACACAAAUUUGGAGUAGAGUCCCUAAGAUGGUUGUAUGGGUCCUUGGACCCCUUCUUCUGGCAACUCCUGCAGCCAAGCUGCUGCCAAAUGUAUUGCUCUGCUUUCCUUUGGACCACAUCAAUGAGGCAGGGUGUGUGUCUUGUCAUCUGGGCAUCCCAGAACCUCCAUAUACACUGCCCAGGCUUGCACCCCAGGGUGCUGCUAAUGCAGCAGUUUGACUUCACCCCCGGAGGCGCACUCCAUUGUCUCUCAAGACAAAUGGAUGCCAACAAGAGGUGUGAAUUGUGAGACUUGUCUUUCUUCCAGAUCUGCUUCCUCCCCACAUGCCAGUCAUCUCAUUUAUGUUUUCUAAUUUAAAAGGCAAGACCAAGCUUGUUCUUUUGGUUAAAGAACAAACGCCAUAUUGACUUUUAAAUCACCUGAAGACUUGCUAUUGAAAAGCACAUAAAACACAGUAGAGCCUUAAGCAAAGUGUAAUGUUUGAGGAGGAGUAAUAUUCAGUACCGUAAGCGUUAGAAGCAUGUCCCUAAUGUCAUUUGUGGCGUGCUGGAGGGUACGCUUAUCUCAGACAUACAGUAAACCUAACUGUAAGGGUGGCUGAGUUUUUAUCAAUAGUAUCUCUUAGAGUGGUGAAUGGCACUGUUUAGCAGGAAGAAACUCGAAUGAAAAUCCUCGCUAUUACAUAUAUUUACAUGACUGUUUAUUUGUAUAUAUUUUAAAAUUUUAUAUAUGGAUGUUUUAUGAUGGCCUAUAUUUGUAAUGCCUAGUAAAGGUUUGGCAAAGUGGAAGUAAACAGUAAACCAGUACAGAUUUGGCAUUGGCCUUUUUAGUGGAGAAUGCAUAAAUUCUUUUACUCUCUCCACACUCCCAAAUGGUGAAAACUGCCAUAACUGAAAGUCCAAGGAUUCCUUUGACAUAAGGCCAUUUGCCCUGUAUCCCAAAUGAUUUAGUCAAGGUUUAAUAGUUAUGUAUUCUACAGAAGUUGGUAGUAAGUAGGGAGUCCUUAUCCUCUGUGUGUGUGUGUGUGUGUGUGUGUGUGUGUUUAUGGAUUGAAUUAUGAAAACAGGCUGUUUUCUUCUGCUUUUUCAUUCAUACUUUGUUUCCUUCAAACAUGAAAAGCUGUCAAAAGACCUUUUAUUAUGCAGUAAAAUUUUACGCAUAUACCAUGAACAUGUCCUACUUUUUCCACGUAAUAAUGUUAUUAGCAUGCACUACAUUUUGUUCUUUCAGCUAACCAUUUCAUGAGCAUUUUCACAACACGUUUUUCUCUCUUGGUUGGAUUCAAGGAAUUAGUACAAAAGCAAUACGCUUGCUUAUUUACAGAUGUGAGUGGGUGUUUACAGAUAUACUUGGAAUUCACAAUUUAACUCGCUGAUAAUGCAGUAGCUUCCUCUCUGUUGAAGAUAAGUGUCACAGAAAUUGUAGCAGGAGUUCAGAGACAUAGGCGUCCCUUGAAAAACCCACUUUUUCCCUUUACAAACUAGCGCCUUUCCCUUCUAUGAGAAGUGAGGCUACAGGGAACCAGACAGAGGGCCUUCUCGGUAGUGGUGCCCGCCCUGUGGAACGCCCUCCCAUCAGAUGUCAAAGAGAUAAACAACUACCUGACAUUCAGAAGACAUCUUAAGGCAGCCCUGUUCAGGGAAGUUUUUAAUAUGUAACGCUGUAUUGUUUUUAACACUUGAUUGGAAGCCGCCCAGAGUGGCUGGGGAAACUCAGCCAGAUGGGCGGGGUAUAAAUAAUAUAUUCUUCUUCUUCUUCUUCUUCUUCUUCUUCUUCUUCUUCUUCUUCUACAGCAACCUCUUCCUUGCAAUAGUGAGCGCCUUGCAGAGCCAUGCAGAGACCUAAUUCAGUGCCUCCCAUAAGGCCCACGCCAGGCAGAUUAAUGGGUUCUGCUGUAAAUUGAGGGCAUGCACCAUACACGUGUCUUACACACACACUGCCUGGAAAGGAUAACUUCAUAACUAUGUUUUGUGAAUGGAAAACCGUGUUUUAUGAAUGAAACUCAUGUCAAAUGAUACAGUGAACCAGAAGGUGGGCAGGAGAGUAGUGUUUUGCUCAUAUUUCACCCCAGCAGCCACCUCCAAAGUCAGUAGACAGGAAAGUUGGAAACUACUCAUCGGGCUAUGAAUGUGUCAGGGGGUUGCUUGUCAGUAGAAGACAGGAACUGCCAAGCAGCGGAAUUGGAGCAAGACCAAGAAGAAUAUAUCUGGGAGGGAGAAGGAGAUGGGUAGUUAAAAUGGCUGGAGAGGUAAAUAAAAUGUGUCUGAAUAUGAAUGGCGGUUUGAGGCAGGCAAUUCACAAAGUAUCAUGCUAGACAAGUUUGGGAACUAUGUAACCAUGCAGAGAGGCGUAGCAAGGUCAGCUGGUACCUGGCGCAGAAUUUUUUUUGUCAACCCCCCAAUUUGAAAUUAUUAAAAGAAGUAAGAUACUUACAGUUGCAAGUGUUAUUUUCUGGUUUAUUUGCUUAACAUUGUGAGCAUAAGCACUUAAAACCCCUGCAGACUCUGUGGCUUCAAUAUCAGCCAGAAACAAAUUUCUUCUAACCCACCACCCCAUUGCUCUGUUCACUGGCCUGAUGGUAGAACUUGAACCUUGCACACUAUUUUGCAAUAGGUAGGCCUAAUAAUGGAAUUGCCCUAAUAAGGAUGUGUGUUUUCCUUACGAUUCGGUGAGGCUCCCUUUACUUUUACAAUGCCAUUUAAAACAGGUGGCUAAUCUGUGUCCCUCCAGGUGUUGCUGGACUACAACACCCAUCAUUCCUAUUGGCCAUACUAGCUGGGACCAGUGGGGGACGUAGUCCAGCAACAUCUGGAGGGACACAGACUAGCUCCCCAGCCCCCUGUUUUAAAGCUGACCAUGUAAUGCACCAUAUCACAAGCACAAAUCCCUUUCAAGGGGCCAUUGCGUGGACAGGCGGAGUCCCCAGAUCCCAAGCGGUCCCCCCGUCAUGUGGAAUAACGACUCAAGACAACGUGCUAUGGGAUUAAAUUGGCCACAACUUUAUUAAAUUUCAAAUGUGGGUAGACCUUGGCUCAGGCAUUGGGCGUUCGCCCAAGCUCUGGAGCCAAGUGAGGAUUCCCAGGUAAGAUCCUCCCUCUAUUGUGUGGGCAGGUGAUCCCUCCCCUACCUGGCCUGAUCUCCUUGGCACGCUUCCCCCAGGUGGGAUUGGACAACUGACUGGGGUAGGUGGAGACCUCCAAGUAUCCCACCUGAGAGAAGGCGAAGCCAAGCGUAUGCUGAUGGAGCCGCUCCAGAUCCAGGGGCUGCGCGCGUCCACGCAAAGGGCGCCCCCCGUUUUAUGCAGGGAGCGGUCAUUUUCCUCUCCUCCUCCUUGUGUUUUUUCUUAGUAUCUGUCCUGAACAACUCUGCAACUCAAACGCUUGCUCAUUCUUUUGAGACAUUUGAGUUAGUCCUAAUAAAGUAUUGUUCAACUUCAACUAUUGGGCUGUUGUUGUUGUUUUAAUUAAACGGACCAUUUCAAAAAGAAACGGAUGUUCUUAGGCUGCAGUUCUACACCUUCUUUCCUGGGAUGAAUUCCCAUGGAACUCAGUGCAGCUUACUUCUAAGUAGACAUGGAAAGGAGGGCACAGUUGUUUAAGCACCGUCUCAGGAGCUCACUGAACAACGAGAAACAAUUUUCAUGCUAACAUGAAUAUAUUCUUAUAUUAAUUCUCUCCUGAAAUGGUGAUGUAUGGAUCUUAACUUGUGUUUCUUUGGGGUGUUAGGCACUGAUGUACUUCUUGGCUGAAUCAAACUGAGAACACAUCAUCCAGCUUCUGUGUUUGAAAGAAAUGCUUGUUUAUUAUUUUUAUUAUUAGUUGCUGAAUACCUGGCACACAUGGACCGCAAUAAUCAAAUGGACAUAGAAAAGCGGGGGGUAAAUGUCUUGGUAGCUUUUUUGUAAAUAUCCUUCUACGUAAGAAUAGCCUUGCCUGAUCAAACCAAAGGGUCCUGUUCUCCCCCUCUUGUCCGUCUCCAGCUAAGGCAGAGAAAGUGGCGGAGUUAGCUGUAUGGGUGCCCAGAGCCCAUUCUGUGCACUCGGGGGGAGCUGUGCAGGGGGGCAACACGAUCCACUGCUGCGGCAGGGUGAUCCACUGCGCAUGAAGGUGGUGCGAUCUGCCGCUCAAAGGACAGCUGGGUAAGCCCCCUGCGGUGUGCCUUUUUGUCACACCCCCUCAGGGAAGACACCCAGGGCGGGCCGCCCCCCCCUUCCUACGCCCCUGACCACACACGCUCCGGUUUUGCUGAACAACUCCUAUGGUGUUUUGUGAUGUUUUCAUUACUUUUUGUUUCAACUGGGGCAGUUAUAGCAGACUAGGAUUAUGCAAAUUGUAGGGGGAAGGAUAUACAAACAAGCGAAUGCACAAACCCAUGGCAUGUUCCUAAGUUUCCAGCUAUGUUUUGUUUUGGUAAAAGAAUACAUGUUUUAAAAGGUAAUGGGGGGCGGGGACCUACUGAAUAACAGCACUGAAUAACAGCAAAGCAAAAUAAAUACAUUAUGUAGUACAACAGGUUUUUUUACAUAUGUGUGCCAAUAAACUAAUAUUUGUCUAAAAUAUUUUUAGGCUUUGGAUGCUCUUGGCAAACUCUGGAAAAUUAAGGAGAUUAUUAUAUCAGAAUGCAGGCUGUUAACUGAUACAGGAAUUAAGGUAAAAUAAGAUCCUAUGUUAUGUAUGUUACAAGCAUCAGUACAUGUAUGUCACUCUUGAACACAUCUGAUUUACAAUGAAAUAGUAAAUAUGCUGAGGUUUUUUCUUAAAAUUGUUGAAACAUGUUGCCAUUAGGAAAAUGUGCUCAAGCUAUGGCUGUUUUCCUUUACACGCCAGCAUGGGCUGUUUAAUUGUCCUUUCAGCUCCAGACCAUUAUGACCUUUUUAUUUUACAACAGUUUUUAUAUUGCACAUUAUUGUGUGCUACUUUUAUUAUUUUCAUAGCUUUUAGCGUUUGAUAUAUUGUGUAUUUACAUUUUCAUUGUUUUAUUCUUUUUGUAAACUGCCCUGGAAAUAUAAUUGAAGGGCUGUAAAACCACUUUACAUAAAUAAAUAGUGGCUUGCGUCGAGUGUUCCAGGAAAUUUAAGGAUGAGUUGAGAUUUGAAUUGGCGGUUUCAGUUUCUUAGCUCAUAUUGUUAACCACUGCGCUGCUCCCGCUCUGAACUCCUGAGCAAAUGUGGGCAAGUGAAGCUACAGUGACUGAGAGUUUUGGAAUGUGGAAAGAGAUAAUAUUCACCCCAGGAAGGGAGAUUUAACUAGAACAUUUUAAGAAGUGAAAAAUGUCUCUGCACAGCAAACAAUGGCAGUUUUGCCUUUACUUUUUAGCAGGGCUUAUUUAAAACAGGAUGUGUUUUUGGCAGUGGCUGCUAUGCAGCCCUCACGGGAUUCUGAUAAGAUGGCUGAGACAGAAAACAGAUUGUGGAUAGAAAACUGCAGCUUUGCAAUAAAAAUGGUGUCCCAUCCUUUGUGUCUGGUGUAUGCUAAAAAGAGAGAGAAAGGACUGAGGACAGAUUCCUGGGGGGAACUCAGCAGAAGGAAGCUGAAACGACCAUCACAAAGGAAGUAACUAUUUCAAGAACAGGAGGAACUCUUAAACACCUAUAAUGUUAGUAGUUGAGGAGAACGACUUGUGCAAGCAUAGAAAGACUCUUUGGUGAAUUAAUCUAGCAAAAUAUAAACCCUGCAUUAGCAAUAACAUGGUUUCACUACAAACUUAUACAGUUGUUAUAUUUUUCAAUCUAUAUUCCGAAAAAUGCCCAAAAAUCUUGCACAGAAAUCACAGUGAUCAUCACAUUUUAUCAAGUAACGACUAUGAAAAUAAUGACUAUGCUAUCCUAUGAAUUAGUACCUUUCUGUCGUAAAAUUUGAGCAUCCAUCAAUCUAUUGUUGUAUAUAUGUAUCAUUCAUUAUCUACAGCCACACAGAGUUGGUUUGAAUUUUGCUGCUCUGUAUGCAUGUGAUAAUGCACAAGCACACAUUUGACAGAAUAAUAUAUUCUUUGGAGAAUAGUUAUGAAUGGAGUUUCCAGUGUGCCUCCAUGUUCCUAGUUUAUUGUAAUGUAAAGAGCAACUGUGUUAAAAGUACAGAUAUCCUGUCUAAUUUAUGGAAAGCCAUUAUGUAGUCAUCUGGGCUUUCAUACAGACAUCAGGAAAAGCAUUUAGAGAAAGCUGUGUGGAACUGAAACUUUAUUUAAAUGGGAUUAACAAUUUCUCUUCCACAAAGUCAAUUCCUUAAAGCUAAUCAAAAUUUCCAAGGAACAUGUCUUUUUUGCUUGCUACAGUGACUUUAAUCACUUCUUUAUAAGUGGUGUAACAUCUUCAUAUAGGAUGCAACUUGGAUCCAUCUGCUAGGGGCCAUGUGAGCCAAUACGAUGAUUUUAACAUUUUGCGGGGAACACACCAACAGCAUGUGCUGCGUUUCUCUUUCUCAAUUCCUUCUCAAAGAGAUAAGUCCUCGCUCCAAGAAUAUCCUGAUAUUUAUAAACAAACCAAAUCUUCUUUAGAAAAUUACUACCUCCCAACACCAAUAAUCAUCAUUAUUUUCCCCAGGGAUUGUAUUUUUGUGUGUGUAAUUUUAAUUCUUUCUUCUUGUACAUUAUUGGAGGAUACGUUCCGCUUAAAUAAACAAGAAUGAAAAAAACCCCUAUUUUUGUAUGCCUCUCUUAACUGAGCAAAUAGAAACUUGAAGGAGCUGGUUUACAUGGGGGACACAGUGGCUAAGAUAAGAUUAACACUUCUCUUCCAGAGUAGUUGUCCCAACUCAAUUCAGGGAUGCUUUAAAAAGAAGGGAAAUCUGGUCGUCAAGUUUGGACCUAUAUUUCCAGGCUGAAUUAGCUCCUACAUUGUGAGAUGGGCUUUGAAGCCUUGUCUAGAGUAUAUUCUAAAAAUAACCAGCUUACUAAAUAAGAGUGUUAUUUGAAAAAAGUAUACAACAGCUGUUUUCUAUCACUUUUAUGUGUUAAGAUUGCCAGAUUAUGUUUGGUUCACCAGUGUUGCCAAGGCAGUUUCACUGAAUUAUUUUCCCUCUACAAACUGAUCAGCUAUAAAAAUACAAGUUUGAGACAAUGUGAUUAAUUAGCACAAGUACUUUUUGAAAGCAGGAAGAACUACGGAUAUGAUCUUUUGAGGUUUAAAACUGUUCAUCAUCAGUUUAGUAAGUUUAAGAGUCUCAAAUGAGCACCUUUUUCUCAAGCAGUGAGACAUUCCAGGGGUCUAAGUGCUUCACAGUGUUUGGUUUCCUUUGGAAGAAAGGAUCUCUGGAAACUUAUGUCAAUUUGCAAUAUUGAAAUUUAUUUACUAAUAUACACAUACUGGGUGGUCAAGAUAAAAAUACAGUUGUGAAGACUGCACAUUUUCUAUCUGCAGUAUCUGAUGAGAGGAGUAAUUUCUUGAGAGAGAAUGUUGUGUCUUAUCAGGGAGAUUUAGAAAUUUAUGUUUGUUUUAUAUAUUUUUUCAUUUAGGUUUUACAAAAUUUUAUUCAGAUUUGCACACAUCCAUUUCAUUUUAUACUUGAUCAGUCCACUAAGUUCUUUCUCUGGUCAGUCACCACCAAGUUCAGACCCUGUUAUCAUAUAUAUUUUUGUCCUUGUGUGCAUCACCUAACACUUGUUUACACUGAAUCACAUUUUAUGCCCUUUCACCAAGCUUGAAGCAAUUCUUUCUUUCCUUGCAGUCCCUUUUUGUUCUUACCACUAUGAAAAAUUAAUAAAUCAAAUCCAAGAGCAGUUUGGAGGCUUGAAAGAGCACAGAAGCAUGUACAGAUCAUUCAAAUGAGCUUUUCCUGACUGCAGUCAGUAGAUAACUUAACUCAUUAGGGGAGGGAAGCAGCUCAGUUCCACAGCUCAUACUUUGCAAGCAGAAUGUCCCAGGUGUGAUUAGGAAAAAACUCAUAUCUGAAACCCUGGAGAGCCAAUGUCCAUCUGUGCCAAUGAUGGCUGGGCUAGAUGGGCCUAUGCAGGGCUUUUUUAGGAGGGACUCACAGGAACUCAGUUCCAGCACCUCUCAGGUGGGUUCUGGCAGUUUCAGCACCUCUCUGGUAGGCUCCAUUGCCAUUCUAAGAGAAGAGGGAGGUGUUCAUGGUGAGUUCCAGCACCUUUUUUUCUAGAAAAAUAGCACUGGGCCUAUGGUCUAGCUCAGUAUAAAGCAGCUUCCUAUGUUCCUUUUAAUAUUUUUUCCAGCCAUUUGAUGAGAGAAAAAGUGCGUCAAGUGUUUGGAGAAGAUUAGCAGAUUAUCUUCAGCAUGAGUGCAUUGUGAAACCUUAAAUCUAAGUGCUCUGGGUAAAUUUGAGAAUGAUUGAUUGAUUGAUUGAUUGAUUGAUUUGUGACUUCUGUUCCAGAGAUUCUGCCUUGAUUUAAGACGCCUAGACCACAUUGAUUUAUCUUAUAACCAGCAGUUAACAAAUAAUUCAUUAAAAAAUUUGGCAUUCAACUGCCACAGAAUUACAAUUCUAAGUGUGACUGGUUGUCCCAAGGUAUGUAUGAAAAGAAAGACAACUUGUAUUAGAAACUCUGUUACUGAACUUGUAGACAUUGUUCUGUUAAAAUCAUUGUCAGUGUUGCUAGUAUUAGUGCUAAAGGCUUUGGUGGUACAGUGGUGCCCCGCAAGACAAAUGCCUCGCAAGACGAAAAACCCGCUAGACGAAAGGGUUUUCCGUUUUUCGAUGCGCUUCGCAAGACGAAUUUCCCUAUGGGCUUGCUUCGCAAAACGAAAAAGUCUUGCGAGUCUUGCGAUUUUUCCCCCUUUCCCCCCCCCUUUUUCUAAGCCGCUAAGUCGCUAAUAGCCUUUUAGCCGCUAAGCCUUUAAUAGCCGCUAAACCGCUAAUAGCGCUAAUCCGCUAAGCCGCUAAUAGGGUUGCUUUGCAAGACGAAAAAACCGCUAGACGAAGAGACUCGUGGAACGGAUUAAUUUCAUCUUGCGAGGCACCACUGUAAUGCCUUAAAUAUACCUUAACUAUUUUAUGAGCUUACUAAAACUUUACUUCUCUUGGCUGUCGCUAAUAAUUCCUUAUUCCCCCCAAAAAACGUAUCUUUUUUGCUUCAUUGACAGGUCACUGAUACCGGCAUUCAGUUUGUGGCGGCAGAAUGCCCUUUUCUGCACUAUUUGGAUAUUUCAGGCUGCAUGUGUAUUACUGACAGAACACUGAAGUGUCUGUGGAAAGGUUGCCUUCAACUUCGAAUUCUUAAGAUGCUGUACUGCCCAAAUAUUACCAGGUAAGUUGUUCUUUAGAAGUCUAGUUUUUAUUUAUUUCACAAGAUUUAUAUACCCCUUGAUUGUAAUAAAAACCUCAAGGUGGUGUACAAAAAGAAUAAAAUUAUUAGUAAAAAAAACCCAGCCCAGUUAAAAACUACUAUUUAAAUCAUUCAGAGUUAAUUAAAAUCAAUGAUAACAGAUUGUAAAAACAGAUUGUAAAACGUCAACAUUCUACAAGUCUGAAUACGCUUCCCUAAACAAACAUGUUUUUAGUGUACAGUGAAGGUGUCUGAUUCAUGUCAACAAUCAAGUUGUGGAUGAGCUUGGUCUUCUUGUGGACUAAUCUGUUUGCAGAUCACCACAUAAGCUACUUAAUAAAUGUAUACAUCAUGUACCAAAAGAGUCAUCGCAAUAGCAUUCUUGUUAACAAAAUAGUCCCAAUGAUCAACCAGAUGCCUUCAUCUACCCCAGCUGCAACAAAACAUGUUCCUACAGCCACAGCAGGCGCUGUAACUCUCCAGGGGUUUGAUUUCACCCCUGAAGGCACACUCUUCCAUUGUCUCCCAAGACAGACAGAUGUCAACCAACCAAACUUAGGUGCAAACCUAUACACACUUUUCUGGGAAUUAAGUCCCAUCAAACACAAUGUCUGACCCCGACCACUAGGGCUUCAUAGACACAUCCAUCUUAUUGGGGGAAAACAAAGCUACAUUCUGUGAAGAACUACUUCUAACUAAAUCUUAUUAAAAUGAACGAAGAUUGUGCAUAUGAUGUACCUUCUGAGUUCAGCAGGGUUGAAAGGUAAGAACCCACAAGCACCCAUUAGCGCUAUUUGCUUUCUAAAAGCCAAUCACUCAGUUGCAAUUUAUAUGAACAGCAUAUUGUAUAGUCCAGCUUUUACUGUCCUCUCCGGCCAAAUUGUUCUUGCCAUUAUAUGCAUGUUUUGUUAUAUUAAUCCCACUCCCUCCGGCCGUAAAGCUUGAGUUGCUCAGGGACAUGGGGUGAAGGAGAAAAGCAAAUCUUUUUUUCACUGCCAAAGUCUCAGCUAAAAUUGCAUCUCCUGGCACACUAUUUACAUUUCAUGGGAAGCUUCCAUCAGGACAAAUAGGAAGUUCCCUUGGAAAGCAAGCAGCAUAUUUGGAGAGGAUUUUUGUUGUUCUGACUAUGGUCUGGUGGAUGCUUCAGCUGCCCCAGGGCUAUUUUCAAAAAAAUGCAUAUAUUCAUAACAAAACCACACACCUCUUUCCACUUGUGGGCACCCUUGUGUCUCCGGGGGGUGGUGCACCAGUGACGACCCUGGGGUGCAAGCCCAGGCAGUGUAUAAUAACAAUAAUAAAUUAUUAUUUACAUGCUGCCCAUCUGACUGGGUUGCUCAGCCACUCUGGGCGGCUUCCAACAAAUUAAAACAUCAAACAUUAAAAACUUCCCUAAACAGGGCUGUCUUCAGAUGUCUUCUAAAAGUCAGAUAGUUGCUAAUUUCCUUGACGUCUGAUGGGAGGGUGUUCCAUAGUUGUGAGGACAUCCCCCCCACCUCAGCCUCGCUGAUGUGAUCCAAAGGAAAGUGGACCGAUAGGUUUGGCACCAGCUUUGCUGCAGGAGUUGCUGGAUCUUGCCAUUUCGCAUCUGUAAUACUUAACGAUGGUGGUGUUCUUUAAAAACCUGUUAUUUAUUCUAUAGACAACUUCAAGUAUGUGUAUAUGUAAUGGUUUCAUUAUUUUUGUUGACCUCUUCAAGAAGCAUACCACCUGGAAGUUGUGUUACAAGUAUUAGUGUAUGUUAAAUUGUAUUCAUUGAAUGAGUGCCAAGUUGUUUGGCCCUCCGAACCUAUACAAUUUUUCUAAAUUAUUGCUGCUGUCAUAGUCACUACGAACAAUUACAGUGUUUGUGAAUAUUCUAUGACACAGUCCUGAAAGUGGGUUAGAAGCUCAGACACACAGCUGGUUUUAGGGUCCUCUAGUUUUUUGCUAUAUUAUUUAUGUUUUACACAAGAGAUUCCUUCAGAGGAAAGACUUAUACAGUGAUACCUCGGGUUACAUACGCUUCAGGUUACAGACUCCACUAACCCAGAAAUAAUGCUUCAGGUUAAGAACUUUGCUUCUGGAUGAGAACAGAAAUCGUGCGGUGGCAGCGCAGCGGCAGCAGUAGGCCCCAUUAGCUAAAGUGGUGCUUCAGGUUAAGAACAGUUUCAGGUUAAGAAUGGACCUCUGGAACGAAUUAAGUACUCAACCUGAGGUACCACUGUAUGUACAUUAAUAGUGUCUGUCCAUCUAUCUAUUUCAGACAUGCAGUUUCAAAAUUUGCACCAAGGCUCCAGAAAUACGAAUACAACGAUGAAGAACCUCCUCAGUGGUUUGGUUAUGAUACCAAGGAUGACACACCCAUUCCAAAGAAACAUAAAAAACCUCGGCCAAGCAUAGAACCAAGUAUAGAGUCCAGUACACCCUCCAUGCUAUCCCCUUCAGCAGAAAAAAGUGUGGAAUUCAGUCUCCCCCCACAAUAGAACCUCCACAGAAUACUGGUAAUCAUAUAUGUUUAAUAGCCUUAAGCACAAAGAAUUGAAAUGGAAACUCAAUUUUGUUUUGUUUAAGAAGAUAAUGAUACAUUGUCUUAAGAUUGUUUUUAGUUUGAUAGCUAGUACAAGUCAUCCUAGAAAACAUUGUUACUGUCUUUCCUAAUUAGUUCAGUCAAAUAAAUGUUAUUUUGUUCAGUUCUUCUUUGAACACCAGUCAACAAAGAGCUUAGUUUUCUCUACAAAUAAUUAACAUAAUUUGUGUACAGUUUAGUGCUAUGUACAUUUAAGAAAAUUAAGUUCGUAUUUUUCUGGUUGUUGAAGACAGCAUUCUGCCCCUUAGUAAGCUCAGAAUUCUCCAGCUGUCAUUCCAACUAAGGAGGCCUUAAAAAGAAAAAAAGGCGCAGCACAGCAUUUUAUGUAUGGAGUAUUAAGUGUAUCUUGCAUUGAGAUAGUUUGUAUGCCAAUCAGUUUCACCCACACGUUACCUAAAAUGCACUAGUGAAACACACAUUCCUCAAAUAAUAAACAUUCUUUAUUGUUUACUUAUUACAUAGGUGUCCUGCCUUUCUUCAAUAAUGGAACCCAACAUGGUAGUAUUUCACAUUCACUGACUAAAGGCAGAGCUGCUUAGCUGUAUCAUGUGCCUUAUGCCAUGCAGCUUUGGAAAGGAUAGUCUUGCUUCACACGUUCUGA